AGCCGGCGAGAUAAACAAAAGCACAUGAGCAGUUCUCGAAGCCAAUCCCGGAACGAGAAGGUUUGUGAGGCAACCAAUGGAACGUAAGGAUUCGAACGGGGCCGGAUUGUCCGCGGCGGAGGCGGCUUGUCUUCCGAGCUUCGGCGGGGAGCUGCUCGUCAGUCUGUCGCUCGCCCGAGCUGCGAGCUGCGCUGGGGGGCGGGUGCUGCUUAGGCUGAGGGGAGCUUUGAAAAAGCCCUUUAAAUAGGGGUGGUCGUUUUGAGGGGGGCGGGUGGGAAAAGGAUAGGCAAAAAGAGCAAAAAGAUAAAGCGAGAUAGAGGCGCUGCUCAUCCCUUUAUGGCGCCAGCCUGCUCACUUUUAGGAAUGGGCUUACAAUAAAUUGGGCUUAAAUAUAUAUAUAUAUAUACUCCAGACAGAUAUUCCUUGUUUUUAAAAAAAGGGAAGAGCUUUUAUUUAUUGAACUGCCUUCCCAUCCCAGCGUUAUAUUUUCAUAGGGGUUAAUAAAAGAUUGGUUUUGUUUUUGGUUUUUUUUUUGUUAUUUCUUAAAAGAAGAUUUUAUUUUAUUUUUCUUAAAUAAGGCAGCUGGCAGUUGUCGCAAAGUGAAGGGUGGGUCGAAAGGGGUGCAGACAUGUCUCUGAAAGUCACCUUGUACGAGUUGGCGGACAUCUCCAUAGGGACUCCAGAGGUUGGCCAUGUCAAUUUCAAUGCCCUCCACACCCUCCUCCAUGCCAUCCUCAGGUAUCUCAAAAUCCAGGAUGCCAUGGCGGAGGUCAAAGUGGAUCGGGGCCCGCCAUCCAAGCCAGACAUGCCGGAGGCUAUUGAGACGGGGGUUGGGGAGAUACUGUCCGAUGAAGAGUUACUGAAGGGCAAGGAUGGCAGGGCAGGCAAGGAGGGCCGGGAAGGCAGGGCAGGCAGGGCAGGCAAGGAAGGCAAGGAAGGCUUGGAGGGCAAGGAAGGCAAGGAAGGCAAGGAAGGCCUGGAGGGCAAGGAAGGCAAAGAAGGCCUGGAGGGCAAGGAAGGCAAAGAAGGCAGGCCCAGGAAGGAAAAGGGGGUUUCAGACAAAGACAUAGAAUCUCGCCUUGACGACUUGGAAAAUAAAAUGUUUGCGCUGCAGGCUAACCUCCAAGGGAUGGCAAAUCAGGUGCAAGGGGUAGAAGAUCAGGUCCAAGGAAUGCAAGAUCAAGUUCAGGGAGUCCAGGGGAAAGUGCAGGGGUUGGGAAAGCGGGUCAAAGGGUUUGAACAGCAAAUGUCUGGCCUAGAGAAGCUGCCUUCUGGUACCGACUUGAUGGAUAAAGCCAGGAGUGGCUCUGUGGCCGAUCUAUGGCAAGCGAUGCAGUUGCAGAAGAAAGUUGAAGCCAACGAAGAGGGCAUCAACAAGGUAUGUGAACGAUUAAAAACACACACCCAGAUUGUUGAAAUUUCAGGGGCAUGCAAAGGUUACAUUGGAAUUGAGUGCCCUUUAUAACGAUUGCGAACAAUAUUAAUUUUAGACUAGUUUUUGAAGGAGGCAUGAUGGUCAUGAGGAUUGUUUUGGUUUGGUUUUUUUUUCCUUUAAAGGCCUAGCUCGCUGCAGGGAUACAGUACAGCAAGCUGUCAAUCAUUCCUCUCUGAAAGUUCCACCCCACCCCAAAGAUGUUUAACUGUCAACUUGUGUUGGAGUGAAGAGACAAAGAGAACUAUAAUGCAUUGUUAUGUUGUGUUGGCAAACACCAUAAUCUGCUGCACCGUGAUUCUAGAUCUUUUGUGCAGAUCUCUGCAGUACCUGAAGCUUCACACGUAUUCCUCCUUGGAGGUGAUGCCUCCUGGAAUAAUGAACAGAAGCAUAAAUAAAUGUUUCCCCAUGGAAUCAUUUAGUAGCCCUUAAGAAAAUGCAUCAAAUAUGCACUUGGUAUUUACAUCUAGGUACCUUGUCAAUACAAGCUUCACCUCCAAAUUUCCAGAAUUAGUAUUACCGGUAAUUCCUGUUUUACGUUUUUGACUUAAGAGUUUGAAUACUCUUUCAAGCAACUGAUUAUUCAAAUGUUGGGUCAUACAUUUCAAAAACAGUUCAUGCCAAAGCUUUCGUUACUUGUAGUGCUUCGUAAAGUCAUUGGCAACAGAGAAAUCAUUUGCUAAAGUUCUGAGAAAUCCAGAGGAUUUGCUAAGUUACACCAGACAGGCAUUGAUUUACCUGUCAAAGGAGCACUGGGACUGGCUAAAGUGGAAAGCUGGAUGGAUGCCAGUAACACUGUGUGCCCCCACUCUCUGCCCUGAACAUUUUCCCCUGCAUUAGAAUUGGUGAACCAAAGGCAGCACAGUUUGUGAACUGUGAGGUAUGCUAUGCCAAGAUUGGCUCCCAGCAGAGCUAAGCUUUGCAACAGGCAACUGCAGGAGCAGUUGAAAUAUCUUGCAUUCCUUAAGUUUCCGUUAGUUCUAGAUGCUCCAGUGAGCUGGACAUGUAGAGACUCAUCUCUUGCUAUUUAGAAGCUGGCUUAUUCUGGCUUGUGCUGAGACCCUAGCUGGGUGCGCAGGAGUCCGUUGCCUGUAUUCCGUGCAUAGGAAUAACAUUAAAUAGAGCAGAGACAUGGAAUAUUUUUCAGCCUGAGGGCCACAUUCCUAUCUGGGCAGUCUUCCAGGAGCCACAUGCCACUAGUGGGUGGGACCAGUCGAGAACAAAAUGUUGGUGGAACAAUUACAAUGGUACCUCGGGUUACAUACGCUUCAGGUUACAUAUGCUUCAGGUUACAGACUCCACUAACCCAGAAAUAUUACCUCGGGUUAAGAACUUUGCUUCAGGAUGAGAACAGAAAUCGCACAACGGUGGCACGGAGGCCGCAGGAGGCCCCAUUAGCUAAAGUGGUGCUUCAGGUUAAGAACAGUUUCAGGUUAAGAACAGACCUCCAGAACAAAUUAAGUUCUUAACCCAAGGUACUACUGUAAUGUAAAUCCUAUCUUUGUACAGUAGACUAGUUUCUACACAUGCUCCCACACUCUUCUCUAUCCUCUCUAUCCAGGCAAGCAAGAGGCAUUAUCAGAGUUCAAGGACCAGCGAGGCAAAAACAGUCAAGGAAGGAGCACAGCAGGGGCAGGGAGGGCUGGGGCCUAGGGAGAAAGGGUGUGGCAAGGAGAGAGUCCUGAGGACCAGACAGGGAAUUCUAGAAGGCCACAUUUGGUCCCUGAGCCUGAGCUUUUCCACCUCUGUGGCAGAGUGAGGGAGCUGUUGGGGGCAGUAACGACACCCCCCAGUCCUGCCAUGCAGUCUGCCCUGUGCCCCCUAAGCUAACCUGCUGCUCUCAGGAUGCUGCUGCUGUCUCUGUCAACCAGCACUGGAGUAAGUUUCAGCCGCCAGUUGAAUGGCCUUUUGUAUGUGGAAAAGGGGAGCACCAUCUUCUCCCUCACCUCAGGCAACAAAAUGUCUUGGCCUGGCUUUGGCCUGUUAGUUCUAGCCAUCUCUUGAUGCACACCAGGAUGUUUUAAAUCAGGCAGCCUUCCAGUUAGUUAGGUCUGGUUAUCGUCUGUAUAGUGCUGAUAACAAAUUAAUAUGAAUGCAGUUUUGGUAGGAGACGUGGUAUGUUUGUGUGUGAUGAGCUCCAAUCCCCGCUGGGAGCACUGAAGGCUCCACUUUCCAUUUUUGCCACCUGGGAAUGAAUUCCAGUCCUUCUGGACACAGGCAUACACUCAUAUACAGACAUUUGAGAGUGAGUGAGGUGGUUUCCAUCUCUACUAUCCACCACUAUGGGGCCUUCUGAGGACCAUCUUGCCCUGAAGGGAGGAGAGACUAAAGACAAACUGGCCUGGAGGGCUGCCUACAACCCAGUUCCCAGUAUUGGAGUUGAGGUGACCUCUCCCUCCCUCAACCGCCACCCUACUCAAAGAACCUCUUUACCUGUGGGAAGGGGAGAUGUAGUUUUCAAAAAAUAUCCCUCUUGUAGAUUAUCUUGGCUGGCUUAUUCUAUAGAUUUAAUUGUUGCCUCUUGUUUUAAGAUUUUAAUGUAAACUGCUUUGUGAGAGUCAACUGAAAAGUGGUAUAUUAAAUUGAAUUAAUCAGUGUAUAUAAUAUUUAUCAGAUUUCUAUGUUUCAUUAGAUAAGAGGAACAGGCGCAUUUUGCAGUAUAGAGUCCCCCCAGACAACAUGCCUCUACUAGUCUAUGAGGGGAGCUAUAGCAAUAAGUAUACGCUCAUAAGUAUUCCAGAUUCAGAGUGGAUAGUGAUGACGGGGCAAGCUCUGUGUGAAACCGCCUAUGAGUUAAUGAGCAGCAAAUUGUUAUGUCCAGUCGCAUCUGGCAAAGGCCUGGGACAAGUCUAUACUUGAAUUCUUAGUGAGAUAGCUGCUGUUCUGAUUUUCAACUAACCUCCUGGUGUCUAGUGCAUUGAAGAGGGUGGUAGGAAAUGUAAUCAUUUAGUGAAUUUGAACUACUAUUUCCUGGUUUCCUAUUUGGGGAGGCUUCCACAACAAAGCAAGACAGAGACUUGAUUAUUUCCUUUAGUAGAUGAUUCAUUGCCUAGGCCUUAUCAGAUUAGUCAAGACAACCAAUACCAAGACAGAAAAACUCCUCACCGUGGACAUGUGUGUGAAUGAACUUGAAGGACAUUAAUGACAGCACAUAUUGCAAGCACAUUUUAUGGUUGGUUUGUUUUUGUAGCCAGCAGGAGAACUAGAAACUUACUUUGAGAAUGUUGCCUUUAUUCUGUUCAUGUCCUGGUGAGCAAGCUAGCUGACUAUCCCCCCCCCCAUCCACAUAAUCCUACUGGAAUCUUAAGACUGCUCUGCUGGGUUUUCUUCUGGCUCCAAACCAACUUUCUAAGAAUUACUAUGCAUCUCCUGUGGUGCAACUGAAAGCUAUGCUGUUUUCCUUAUGUACAUGGAAGUACAUAGGGAAUAGCUAAAUUUGACUCUUCAUAACACCAGAAUCAAGAGGAGCAUACAACUUGAGGCAGGUAAACUAUUUAGGGAGGAAGCAGGGUUGAAGAAAACCAGUAUCUUUAUUCCGCAACCACCACAUCAUCCCUAUGAGGCUAAUAAGCUGUUUAAGGGAAGUGUAGCAGUCCUGCUGGAAAGCUGUCCUGGUUCUAGGUUUUAUUUUUGGAAGGGCUUGGGCAAGAUCUCUGACGGCACCCACUUCCUGCUUACCACUGCCCAUUCACUUGUCUCUUCCUCUGGACCUAAUCUGCACCACUUCCCAGAGGGACAAGAGAAAGCUUGUGGAAGUUACUGCUCCUUCUCCUUACUUUACUCAUUUGGAGAGCAAGGCUGAAUGGGCAGUAGUGGUCAGGACCAGAAGGCUCCAGAGUAUAGUCAGAUGUCUAAUGCCAAUCCCCUAUGUUAAUCCUGGAGUACAGAUCUAGUCAGGGUGUUUGUGUGCAAAUCUGAAGGUGCUGGGAUAGGAUCUGACAAGUGUUAUAGAUGUUGGUUCGCAAGCCCCCCCUCCACAGAGGCUGGCCCCUCUCACUGUCCUCGGAGCUUGCAUACCGGUAACCUCCUCUGGCUGACAUCCAGACAGACCAGGGAGAUUUUGAUAGGCGACAUUUUCCCAAGCGUGGGUAAAUGCACACCCCCUCCCUCCUGCUUCUUCCCUAGCAGGGAAAGGAGACAAGUCAGAAACGUCUUUUACAUUCUUUUAUUUCUGACUACAGCACUAGAGAAAAACAUGUCCUUUCAGUUCAGUUCUUCUAGCAAGUCUGACAAACUUCCUGCACAUGCGCAAACGGAAGGUUUCAAAUUACACUCUUCACAGAGCUCUGAGAAGCCUGUGAACUUCCUGGGAAAUUCUUUCCCACAGAUACAAGCUGGCUGUUUGCAGCUGCGAUGUUCUCAUAUACUGACAUCCUCCCCCAUAUGAAUCAUCGUUAGCUGCAGACAAAGCUUGAUCCAGAGAAGAAAACAAACAGUUGUUAUACAUAUAACAAUCCCCUGUUGUUUCAGUUCCACCCUUGGAACUACCCGCCACUGGUUUCACCAAUGUAACUCUCUGGUUGUCUGUUUUCCAAGGAAUGAGUGCUUCUGCAUUACCUUGGUUAGGGAAUGUUGUGUUACGCUUAGCAACUCCCUGUUGUGUCUUUGUCUCUGACUUAGACAUACCCUUAACCUGGCUUUUGUUGUCAACAAUAGUAAUACAUGCAACAGCUGAACUAGCAAACUCUUGAGAAUACCUCUUGGGGGGUACGCCCUUUGUGAUUCUCUCAGACCUGCGUAUGAGGUGCUGAUCCUCUCUGCUGACUGGUUCAUCCUCUGGGCUCCUUGGAGAACUUCCUGUACAUGCGCAAACGGAAGGUUUCAAAUUACACUCUUCACAGAGCUCUGAGAAGCCUGUGAACUUCCUGGGAAAUUCUUUCCCACAGAUAGCCGCAUCUUGUGAUGUCAACAAGCUGGCUGUUUGCAGCUGCGAUGUUCUCAUAUACUGACAAUAGAUAGGGUUGCCAUAUUUCAAAAAGUAAGAAGCAGGUCCCCCAGAAAGUUGUUUUUCUAGAAAAAUGCCAAAGAAACGCAAUCUUUUUUUAAUGACUUGCCAGAACAAAGCGUCGCCUUUCAGAAAUCCCCCGGAUGUCAAUUCCGCCUUUUAAAUCCCAGAUGUAUGGCAGCCCUAUUUUAGACGCCUAACGUGUUCCUGUGCAUCAGCACUCUUUCAAAGGCAAUAAUAUCUGAAUUUCAAGAUAAAGAGUUUGUACCUGCUUGAAGAUAGUUGACUUUCUUAUACUGAUGUUUAGAAAAAUAUUGUUGCCUCUGCAGAAAAGUGAAUGGUUAAAACAUAUUGGGCAUUAAAAAAUUGUUGGAGGUCCCCCUUGCCCUUGCUCAAUAUGUUCUAUCCUACCACCUUGCAGUAGGUGGUGGGCUUUUGGGGGGCUAUAUUGAUUCUGUUCCCUCUUUCCUCUCUUGGAUGUAGUUUAUCCUGGGGAAACAGCUCCUCUCCAGCGUAGGCUACUUAGAGUAAAGUAGGAAUGGGCUCUGUAAGACCUGAAAAUAGGUUUCCUAUGUUUUCUGUCUUUGGCAGUCAGAGACAUUAGGAAACACAUGGUAGCUUCUUGUCAGUUGGAAAUUAUAUUUAGGCUGAUAUUUAGAGGAGUCCAUGCAUUCAAUCCUUUCACUGAUAUUGCAUCUCUUUUUGUAUUCUAGGCCAUAUCCUUGUUGCAGGAUGUAAUAGAUGAGGCUGGGAAAAUGAAGGCAGCCACAGCCAAUUUAGAGGAUGAAGUACAAAAAAUCAAGGAUCACUUAGCAUUGGUAAACUAGACCACACCUUAUUUCCUUCUAUUUAACCACUUUUCCUGUUGGGUCCACCUAACCCCUCAGAGUUCAGGAGGAAAGCAACACUGAGAGGAUGAGAGGUUCAGCAGUCUGACCCACAUGUUCAAUGUGUUUGUCAAAGUGGAACUUUGCUCCCAUUUUGAUAUAUGUUUGGGGAGACCUACUGUUAAAGAAAUGGGCUGAUUGUCAUUGUGUAUUAUUUGCCCCAGGCCUAGCCAUAGGUCUGGAAGUGUUGGAAGAAGCCGUUCUCAGCCUUGGCAAUCCAAAACUCAACCUGGCAUAUUCAUAGAAGGCACUGGGAUGCUAUGCUUAAUACUGUGUAUUUUUGAGCAAUAUUGAAUACCCAGAUACAUCCCCAGAGGCUAUCCCAUGAGAGCAAUUCAGGUUUCUGGGCUGUGCUUUUGUUUCUUUGUUCUCUUGGAAACGUGAUGUUUGCUCCUGUCCCCAAAGGCUUGUUGGGAGGGAAAAUGGCCCCCUGCGCUAUGCAUUUGCUGUGAACUGGGCAUGCAUAAAGGUGCUUGAGUUUUAUUUUCCCUGCAAGGCUUUUCCCCAGGUGCUCACCUCUUGUAUUCUAAAAGUGUGGGGAAAACAAGCUCACUUUUGCAGUGCUCCUUUUACAACAUUAGAACAUGUUUGCACUCAUACAUUAUUCCUGAGCAGCCUGGGGAAAUCCUAAAUUAUCUUUUCCUUCCUUUCGCAGUUGGACCCCCAUGCAUUUGACGAUCGACUGAAGACUUGCUUAAGUGAUCAGAUAAGUUUGGAUAAUGAAGUGGUAUGUUCCCACACAGCUCCUCUACAGAACACCAGUCUCCAUGCAGAUAGCAACCUCUCCCUGCUGUGUGCUAGUUUUGCAGAGGACCAGAUGUAAAUUCAGUGACCUAUCAGAUUGCCAUGGUCAAUAGGCAUUGGCAAAUUCCGUCCACACUGGUCCCAAGCCUACUUCCCCACCCUGCCUGUUCCAGCACAUCUGCAGUGUCAGACUAGCAUACAGUGUUCAAUUUGUCCAUCAAGGGGAACCCAGCCACUCGCUGGCACAUGAUUUGUUCAUUUUCUGUACUCCCAGCUUUGUGCUAAUGUAUCAGAUUCAUAGCAUCAGAAGCUGCCUUGAAGAUGUACCCUCACUGGUUAGUUCAAGCAGCACCUGCUAAUCCCCAUGUGUGUGUGUGUUGCAACAUUCAGCACCUUCCCAUCCCCGCCCUGUUGACACUUCUCCAAAAAGGGUUGUCCCAUAGUUUGAUGUACCCACUAGCUCUUCGCUGAUAUGUAUCCUAGUCAUCUGAUACCUCUCCACAGCCAGGGUUCCUAAUGAAGAAUAAAUGAAGGUGGCUGCAAUGGCCUCUUCCAUACUAUUCAUGGGGAAUAAAGUGUGACCUCUUUAAUGUUUUUGUUUGUCUGUAGAAAGACUUAGAGAAGAGGCUGAGCCAGUUUCCUUCCCCAGAGGAGAUGAACAAUAUGGUGCGGUGGGACGUUCUAGAGGAUGUCCUUGUGAAAGGGAAGAGGAGCCCAUCUCCUGUGAGUAUGAUUUGUGUAGCAAAAUGAAGAUUGGAGGAUAAAAGGUUUGCACAUGAACGUUUUCUUCAUGAAAAAUACCAAGACAAUGCAUGCAUCCUUUAUAUGUUGAAUCUCACAUCCUAUUUAUCCCCUUCACUUAGACCUAUAUUAUUGUGUACAAAAAGAGUUUUCUACGUACAGUCUGUGCACCAUGAAGCACAUUUCUUCAUCAUCUUAUGGCCAGUUCCAGGGGUGGGGGUAACAUUUAUUUUGUGCUAAUUUUCAGUGGCCUCUGAUCAGCCCAAUGUGGGGCUUCGUUUUCUGCCUUUUGUAUUUAAUAAGCAUGCAACAAAGUUGAUGACAAGCUAGUGUAUGGCUCACAUAGAUUGUUGUGGACCUUUCCAUUCACCUCCACUGCUUGCCAUCUGUCUGGUCACUAUCUUGGCAGAUGCUGGAUGAAGAUACUACUGUACAGGGCUUUAUUUGUUCUGCCAGGACUCAGCCACAGCAUCCGCCAGCAGCUCAGCUACAGUUUCAAGCCCAGAAUACAAAAAGUAAAGCUAAAUGAAAGUGCCCUUAAGCCAGAUGCAGGGUGCAUUUCCUUUGCUACUGAAUAACUGCAGAGUAUUUUCACACAUCAGGAAUAUUGUUGGGCGGGGUGCAAGGAAAGCUUUUGGAACAGAAAGUGAUGUUUCCAAACAGACCUGAGCCCCAACAUCUCUCUUUAAAAAAAAUAAAAAAUGAAGCACUGAAUGCAUGACAUAAAAAUGCCACUUUUAAAGCAUAAAAAUGGGCAGAUACAUGAGGAUGGAAAUCACAAGUUAAUCUAGCUACAAGUGUUCAAAGACUGGUCUUUCUGGACAUUAUCUGUUUUCCUGGCAGGCAUCACUAAUCCAUCCUGGUGACAUCAUCUCAGCCUGUUUGUCCAUACAGCAUUCAGAAAGCUAAUCGUACUUGCUGAAAAAUAGCAAAUAUUAUACUCCAAUAUGGGUAUUUUCUGUGAAGUUGGUAAUUGCCAAUUGGAAGGUGGCCAUGUCAUCGUUUUCUGGUGCAUCAUGGUGAAGCCUGUAUCCACAUGGUUUUAAAUUGGGGACAGUGUGGGAGGUAGAGGGUAUCUCCGUUUUCCUCAUAGGAGGUUGGCUUUGCUUAUACUCUCCAGUGCUUGAGCACACGCCUCUUCUAAAACCUCAGAAACCAACCCAACCCCUUGAACAAUGCUAGUUCUACCCCCUCCCCUUUGACUGCAUCCCAUGGCUGAAAUGAAUGUGUGACUAAGAGGGGUGCUUUAUUCUCCCACUGCCACCAAAAGAAGGUAAGUGUUUAGAAAGGGUCCUAUGUUAGAAGCACAAAGCUGUUUGCACAAGGCCAUUUCCAGACAUUUUUCUGCCUGAGGCAGAACAACAAACAAUGCUUUCCCCCACUGGUCAAGGUCAGUAUUUAUCUUGUGUAUGUUUUUAGCCUGGAACCUGGAGCAGACAGUGAUGGUACCAGGUGUGGGGAGAGCAUUCCUCACACGGGGAGCCAGCCUUCUCAUAAGGCCCAUUCUCAUGUUGCCACCCUCCGCACCUCUCUUGUUGAAGGCACACAACAAAGUUUUUCUGAUGAUUGCUGUGUCUGGGUAGGCUCAUGUGCCAAGAGGCAGUCCAAGAAGUAUUAGAGUCCUUAGCUGCAUAAGGCUUCAUUAGGUCAAAAUCAGCACUCAACAAAAUCAGAGUUAAGCCCAGAAACUAAUUGGUAGCUAGUGUAGUCAUGCCAUAAUUGGUGUUAAAUGCUUAGGUCGUCUUGCCCCAUGAAGAGUCUGAUGAAGCGAACUCUAGUCCGUAAAAACUUGUGCCAUAAUAAAUUUAUUAGUUAUUAAGGUGUCACAAGGCUCUUUGUUGUUUUUAUUUGCACUUGGUUCUCCUGUGCAUACUGCAUUUCCUGGAUCUUGAAGAAAAAUCUGUGUCCUGAGCAUAACCGUGUUGCAGUGUUAUAAAGACUAUGCAAGUUUGUAUUUCUUUCACUUGAGAGCAAAGGCAUGCAGGAGUUUGAGAGAGAGAAAAGCAAUUUAGCACCUAAACAAUAAUGUGAGAACACCUAUGGGCUAUUGUUUUAGCCCCUGAAGAACAUUUAAAACAGUGCAGCUCCAAAGCACCCAUUUAGAAUUGUCGUAAGCAUCAUUAAUUUCACAUUUCCAUAGAGUCACAGAGCAGCUAGUGUCCCAUAAGGCCAGUUAGGGCAAAACUUGCAUGCAUGUUAAAUGCCUGCAUUUGGAUAUAUAGCCAGUUUCCACAAAAUAAUGAACUGUUUUAAAAUGGUAUGAUAGAUUCAUCACUGUAGAUCAUCUGAACAUGUGCAAAGUACAGAUCUAAAAAAGAUACCACUUCACUGUAGCAUCUUUCCAUGGCUUAAUGAUUAGUUUGAGGCCAGGCUUUGGGCUCUGGACCCAGCCGUUUCUUACCUCCAGACUUAAAAGAAUUCAGUGAACAGCAAAAUGAAAUAUUUAGGAUUCCUGACAAAGGUACAAUAGCAGGAAUUCUAGAAAAUCUACCAAGCUACUUGCUUUCUUACCAUUUGGGAAACUCAGCACUUGGUUGGUCUAUUCUGAAAUGUGCAUAGAAAUUGUUUCUGGCCAGUGUAAUUCUUCGUUCUACAUCAGAAUCUCAAUAGAAGGAAAUCACUGCAGUGAAAUAUUCCCUCUUGGUUUAUAUGUACUCUGAUUCCAUGAGUGAGUCUUUCCAGUCUCUCAGUCAACAUGGUAUAAUUGAGUGAAGCAGAGUGUUACUUUUCAGGCUGUUUCUAUGUCUAAAAGCAAGUCUUCAUGAUGGAGAAUCAGCUGUAAUCCAUGGGCUCCUGCUUUUUUUCUUUUUCUUAUUAAGUGCAGGAUCAGGUGUCAGUUUCUGCUUUUUGAUCUGAACAGCAAUAAUAUUUUAAGAACAAAAAGUAGUUCUGACUGAGUGUGUGAUGGUUCUUAUGCAUUCCUGCAUAAUUUCCCUGUAGAUCUUGGACAGAGGUAGCAUAAGCUAAAGACUGCAGAACCAGAGGGAUAAAAGGAGUAUUUUACUGGUUUAUGCCACUCAAUUCUGGUCCUUAUUUUCAGUACCAGCCUAGACCCCUUGAACAUGGCAAGUAAUAGUAAUGAAAGGUUGCCUCUGAGCACAUGCAGAUUGUCUUCCUCUCAUCAGUGAGUUAACCACAGUUAACUCCCAUUGUGGGCAAAGAAAAAGCACUGAAGCUUAUGAAUGAAAUUGCCCAGCCGCUGCUCCUGAACAAAGGAGGGUUUAUGAGCUUUUCAGUAGAGACACUGGGGCGGACUUGGAUCAUUCAAAUUUCAGCGGCGCCUUGUGACACUAAGAAUGCCAUUUCCUAUCAAAGGCCUCCUAGAUCUGAAUCCAGCAAUCUUACCUGUUGUACCACACUGUCCUUGGACACUUAGGAAACUUAAAAAGGUCAUUUCUUGUGGCCUUAGCCAACUACGGGCAAUCAAGUCAACACCUCAGAUUGUGCAGCAUGUAUUGUUAGUUUGAAUUAAGGAUGUUCCAAAACCAGUUGACCUGCUUCCAAAGUGACAAAGCCCUUUGAUUUCCUGAGGGGUUGUGGCAUGGGUGCUGGCCGCCAUCUUGGAUUUGCUCUGGCGCAGCCCUGCAGUUGAAGGUGGUUGUAGUGUUCCUGAUACACAACGGACAUGAGGAGUUCUUGUGAAGUCAACUGCAAGAUGUGAGAUGCCUGUGAUAAUGCCCUGAGCUAAAGUUACCCUUGCUUUUGUCACUCCUCUCUAUAUGUUUCUAGGUGACAAGUCCAGUUCAACACUCUCCAACUGAUUCUGCCACCUCUCCAGAAAGCAGAGCCACUCCUGGAUCUCCGGGAACUUUGCCUGGCACUCACAGAAGAGAAGGAACACCGGCUGGUGCACCAGGGGCUCCAAGAAGUGCUCCAGCAGGCAUUCCUGGAGCUCAGCCUGGUGUUGCUGGCGCUCCAGGGGCCCAGCCAGGAGCUCCAGGGGCCCAGGCACCCUAUCCCGGAGCCCCUGGAGCCCAAGCACCCUAUCCCGGGGCACCUGGGGCCUAUCCCGGAGCCCCUGGAGCCCAAGCACCCUAUCCUGGGGCACCUGGGGCCUAUCCCGGAGCCCCUGGAGCCCAAGCACCCUAUCCUGGGGCACCCGGGGCCUAUCCUGGAGCACCCUAUCCUGGGGCACCCGGGGCCUAUCCCGGAGCACCCUACCCUGGGGCACCCGGGGCCUAUCCUGGUGCUCCUGGAGCCUAUCCCGGAGCCCCUGGAGCCCAAGCACCCUAUCCUGGAGCACCUGGGGCUUAUCCUGGUGCACCUGGGGCCUAUCCUGGGGCUCCUGGAGCCCAGCCUGGUGCUCCUGGAGCCCAAGCACCCUACCCUGGGGCACCCGGGGCCUAUCCCGGAGCCCCUGGAGCCCAAGCACCCUAUCCCGGAGCACCUGGGGCCUAUCCUGGGGCUCCUGGAGCCCAGCCUGGUGCACCUGGAGCCCAAGCUCCAUACCCUGGAGCAGCCGGGGCAUACCCUGGGGCACCUGGAGCCCAGCCUGGGGCACCUGGGGCUCAACCUGGAGCACCUGGGGCCCAGCCUGGCGCACCUGGAGAUGAAACAGCCUAUCCUGGAGGCCUGGCACCCUAUCCCGGAGCCUAUCCUGGAGUCCUUGGCGCCCAGCCUGGUGAAGCCUUCCCUGGAGGCGCUGUCAUUCCAUGGAUACAAGCUGGAUUUCCCGGACCCCCUCCAUUCUAUCCUGGUUCUCCUGAUGCCCAAGCCGGGUACCUUGGUCAGCCUGGGAUUCUUUGGCCCAGUCCUCUUGGUUACCAGCCUGGUGAGGGGGCUGGUGCGCAGCCUGGAAUGCAGCUUGUAUUGCCCCCUGGGCCUGUCCUUGGAGCUACACCUCCCGCAUCUCCGCUGCUCUCCGCCCCAACCCCCAUGCCAUUGUCCGAGUCUGGCUCCACUUUAGCCCCAGCCCGCUACUCUGAGACUGUGGAUGCCCUGCGGUCUCUCGCUCAACUGACGGACUUGUACUAUGCUCUGCGAGAUCAGAUCAGUCUCCUAGAUCAAUUCAAGUGUGGCUACGCCGAUCUCCGCAGGCUGCAAGACUUCCUCACAGAUGCACGUAUGUAUUGCAUGUGUACUGGUUUUCUGGGUUUCUGUUUUAAAUGGCAAAUAUCUGGAACCUGCUUCAGCAAAUUUCCAACAGGUUGGGCUACCAUUUUUUUCUGGGAAGGGAAAUCUAAAAAUGUAAGCCCACCCAAAUGUUUGGAGGGUUGAUUUAGGGGUUAGAGCUAACCAGGAGCAUGCAACCUGUUGGACGUUUCCUGGCAGCAUUUCUUGGGCAGUAUGGUCAGUGAUGAUGGGCAUAAUGUUUGGAGGGUCAAAGGCCACCCAUCCAUAUGAGGAAUGAGCAUGUUCAGUGGGCACAUGCAGGGAGGCUAAAUGGAGAUGCAUUGAGUAUCCUGGAAGGUAGCUUGGCUGGAAUAGGAGCCUUCCACGUUUUAAUUCCUACUUGUAUACAGUCAUACCUUGGUUCUCGAACGUAAUCCAUUCCAGAAGUCCGUUUUACUUCCAAAAACAUUAGAAAACCAAGGCUCGGCUUUCCAUUGGCUGCAGGAGCUUCCUGCACUCAAUCGGAAGCUGUGUCAGACGUUCGGCUUCCAAAAAACAUUUGCAAACCAGAACACUUACUUCUGGGUUUGCGGUGUUCGGGAGCCAAAACGGAUGAGUACCAAGGCAUUCGAGAACCAAGGUACAACUGUGUAUACUAACAGCAAACUUUCUUUCUGUGAGUGCUGAAUCUUAUUUAAUUAAACUGGCAUCAUCCACCCACAAGAGGGAGCUGUAGGCUUGUUUGUGGGGAGAAGGGGGACCCCAAAGUUUGCAACAACAACAACAAAAAACUGAAACCCCAAAACAGUGUGCACUGAUACUGUUCAGUGCACUUGGAAUGGACUAUUCUUAAAGAAGCGGGGGGGGGGGGAUGGGAUGGACUAUCCCUACAGGGGACAUGGCUGUUUGGCUGGAGCCCUGAAUUGGGCUCUACAUUGUUUUGUCACCUGAUGGCUCACUUGUAUAUAUUUAUAAUACUACUGUGUUUUUGCUGGAUAGUUUACCGGAACAUUGCUCUCAUCCCACCUGAUCUUCCUGAAAAGCUUGCUGCACUCCAGGCCAUGGAAGAAGACAUGAAAACUGAGAAAGAGAAGGUAGGGGACUGUCAGGGAGAGAAUAUGCUGCCUUACUUGCAGCAAGAAUGUUUUCAAUCAGGUUUUCAUAUAAGAGGUAAUUUGCCCAGUCCCAAAAAGCAACCUGUUCUUAGAAGCCAUCAAAACAUAUCCAAAACAUAAAGUUCAUUGUAUCAGCACUCAACCUUUAAAGUGUUAUGAAUGGAAUAUAUUUUGACCAACUUCUUAAACACCAAGGUGGGAGGGACUUUCUUGAAGUUGCACAGUCAAUUGGCCACCAUUGAGAGCACCCUACUACAGGCAUCCCCAAACUUAGCCCUCCAAACGUUUUUUGGGACUCCAACUGCCAUCAUCCCUAGCUAACAGGACCAGUGGUCAGGGUUGAUGGGAAUUGUAGUCCCGAAACAUCUGGCGGGCCAAGUUUGGGGAUGCCUGCCCUACUACUUGAAACAAGCUUCUGGGUAUCAGAAAUCCAAGCCACUUAAAUUGAAAGCUGAGAUUUUGAGAACUGUAAGCUGGUUUGCAUGCUACUUUAAUGGCAGAACUUGUAGAAAUGAUUUUAUAUUUCUGAUUUCCUGCAAUCCGUCAUUUCUGAAUUACAGUGAUGUUUGUUAGCUACAGGAGGUAUCGGGUGCUCACAAUUCCUACCAUGGAUGAGAUCAGUGAGACUCAGUUGUUAUUUUUCUGUGCUUCUGCAAAUUGCAAUUUAAAAUAGAAUGUGCACUAGCUGCUUGAAGCUCAGUGGAGUAUUUGGGUGGGCCUAGUGUGGUUCCCCUGUCUGUCUGGGUCACAGUGACCACCUAACUUCACCAGGCUUAGUUUGAUCCUGCAUCCUGUUGUUGUCAUUUCCUUGAGUCUCCUGCUGACGCUUUGUCAAUUGCUCAGGGUCUAGUUUUGCUUGGUUGUAGCAGUAAACAUGUGCUGAAAAUAAAUCUGCCUUCAGGAUCGUUAAAGGGGAUUGUUAUUUAAUUAUAAUUGCUCCCCCCUUUUUUCUGAAUAUGAUGACAGUAUUCCCAAUGUCAAGCUCAAGCUUUCUCUCCUUUUUUGUAUUUCUUAGUUCCUUUAACAGGGGAAUUCAUCACUCUACUAUUUUCCCUUUACAACGUUACUAUUGCUCAUGAUCUUCAUUUAGCGAACAUAUAACCUUUUCAGUAUAUUCACAAUGUAGUCAUAUAGUUUACUUUUGGUUGCUGUUGUUGAGGUGUCUUUAAGGGUCUUUAAAAGACGUGCUCUGUUUUUUUUGAGAUGCUAUGGGUGGUGGUUAAUCUUCAGCCUGAUUUUGUGACUCUAAACUUGAAACUCAGCCAGUAGAACCCCAAUGUUGUGAAUCAUGAUGAUGCUCCAGUUACCAAUGAAUCAGUUUAAUAUUCCUCAUAGGAAGCACCUUCUAAAUCUCUAGACCUGAACCUUAGCUCUGGUAUAUGUGGAUGUAAACUAUCUAUUGUUUACAACACGGGGAGGUGAGGAUGUGCCCCUUUCUCCCAGGGACUUUCCAUAAAGGAAAAUUAGUUUUUCAUGACCAAAGUUCUUCAAGGCAAGUAUGGCUUUUGAUCCCCCUACCCCAAUUGUGAUUCUAGUUAAACAAGAUCCAGAAUGUACUUGAAGGAGAGCUGGCAGAAACAGAUGACAAACUGGAAGGAGCUGGUCAGAUCAACAUGCAGAUAGGUUUUCUGAGGUAAAUAAGUAGCCACUAGAGGAAGCCACCAAAUAGGCGAGUCCAGUCUCAGUCUUAUCAGCUAAAACAUUGGCCUGUCAUGUUUGGUGUCACCACAACAAACUUAAUUGUGGAGUUACGUAAUUGUUUGCUGUACAGUGGGAAGCCAGAAUGGGAUCUUUACCAGUUAAUAGUUCCAUGGAAGUUGAGGGGUCUUUCUCAAGAGUGCAGCUGAAAUAAGAUGCCACAAAGAAUUGCUCAGUGAAAAUUAGAAGUGGUUUGACAUUUCACUGGCUUUCUAGCAUAUACACACUUUAAAAAAGUGUGUUUUGAAUUUUUUUCAAUCAUAUUUUGGAAUGUCAUCGGUAUUUUUUCCCCCCAGGCAGAUUAAAUAGAAAACUCUGUGUGUGGAGCAGCUUUCUCUGACCUGGUGCCCUCCAGAUGUUUUGGACUAUAACUUCCACUAGCCCCAGCUAGAAUGGCCAGUGAUCAACUUCCAACGAUGGGAGUCGUAGUCCAGCAACAUCUAGAAGGCAGAAGGCUGGCAAAGUAGCUCCUUUGCUUUAUAGCACCAAUGUACACACAGAAGAAGGGAUGCGGGUGGCGCUGUGGGUUAAACCACAGAGCCUAGGACUUGCCGAUCAGAAGGUCGGCGGUUCGAAUCCCCGCAACAGGGUGAGCGCCUGUUGCUCAGUCCCUGCUCCUGCCAACCUAGCAGUUCGAAAGCACAUCAAAGUGCAAGUAGAUAAAUAGGUACCACUCCAGCGGGAAGGUAAACGGCGUUUCCGUGUGCUACUCUGGUUCGCCAGAAGUGGCUUAGUCAUGCUGGCCACAUGACCUGGAAGCUGUACGCCGGCUCCCUUGGCCAAUAAAGCGAGAUGAGCACCGCAACCCCAGAGUCGGCCACGACCGGACCUAAUGGACCCUUUACCUUUACCUUUACACACAGAAGAGAUUUCAAACACAACCACCCAAACCCGUUAAUUUGUAACAUAGUUAGAAAUUACUUAAAACAUUUUUAUGCUGCCAUAUAUAUAUAUAUAUAUAUAUAUAUAUAUAUAUAUAUAUAUGUCAGAGCUGCUUCCAGAUCCUAGCUCACAGAGGAUCACGCUAGCCAGCGAUCAUUAAACAAAAGUCUUUAUUGAGUUACAAUUUCCAUUCUCAAACUGCUGCGUGCAACUCUACGUCUCAUGGUUAGACCGGCGAAGCUCCGUCUGAGUCUCCGCCCCUUGUACACCAACUUAAUAUCCUAGCCCUGCUCCACCUUUUCCGCCUGACUGUUCUUCUCUGGGUCCCUCUGCCCCCUGGGGUCUCUUCUUUCCGGGAUUCCUCUGACGCUGACGCUGACGCUGACCCCCCUGACUCUUCUCCCUCCUUUCGGCGGGCUUUAGGACCUGGCUCCCUUUCCGGGCUGCCUACUGUGCCACCUUCCUGUGCAUUUGAACUGGCGCGCGCGCCCAACCUUCCACCUUCCGUCUGACCGUUUCUUCGCUCCCCGAUGGAGGUGUGGCCACUCCUGACUCGUGCCCUCCCCCCUGUUGUGAGCUGCCAGCGCUUGAUCCCUGGUUCCCUUCCUCUUCCCUGCUCUCUGGCGGUGACGCUGGUCCCGAUUUCCAACUGCUCCCCUCUGAGUCCCCUCUGGCUCUAUCUUCCUGGGGCGUCCCCCUAGGCUCCCCCUUGCCCUGGCCACUGGUGCUCCUUUCUGUGAAUCUUCUGAUUCACUGGAAAGACUCGGAGAUCUCGGGUCGUCGUCAUCACUCAUCUUUUCUUCUGCCUCCUCCCCCUCGCUCUCUGUUUCCUCCCUUGCCCUUGCCUCUGCUCCUGAACCCCUGACAAUAUAGACAUAGAUAUAUAACAAAAUAGUUAUAAAAUGUGAAUGUGCAGAAAUGAGUGUUGAGAGGUAUUGUGACAAGGCCAACUCUUAAAAGGUGUGAGUACACCACAGAAAGGUCUUGCAUCCCCCAAAUAAAUCGUGUGGGGAGAUAGGGAGGCCUAAGCAGCUGCUUAAGACUGGACCCAGUAGAUGGAGCUGAGGCUUGGCAGAGGUCAGUGUGGGAGCCCCUUUUCCAGUUCUGGCAUCCCUCCUGUAAAAGAACACCAUACAAUUAAAGCACCAGUAUACCACUUUAACUGUCGUGGCAGGCUUCUCCCAAGGAAUCAUGGGAGUUGUAGUUUGCUAAGAGUGCUGUGAGUUUUUAGCAUACCCCUCACACAGCCACAGUUCCAGCACUCUCUUAAUAAACGUCAGCGACCAGUAUAUGAGUGCUUGUGAGAAGAUCACGGAUGCUACUGACAUGCAGUCCCUCCAAUAGUAUGUCUCUGGCUGUGAGGAAGUGUGAUGUGAUUUCAUUGUUUUGGGGGCUUCCUUUGCUUUAUUGACUGGCACCUUCUGAGGGCAGGAAAAAUGAUCACCUCACUUCACUCUACCGCCACAUGUAACUAGGAUGACUCAGUUACGGUUUGGCAGUGUCUGCAUCUAUCCCUUGGGUGCCAGGAAGGAAGGAAGGAAGGACUCAAAUGAUGGACUUGGUCCAUAUUGUUCCUCUCGUCAGGGGCUUAAUUACAAUUGUGUGGGAAAUGGCUCCCAUGCCUCUAAUUGUAAGUGUGAAUGUGCUGAGGAGCCCAGCACUCCUGGGUCAGAAUUUCUGAAAGAAGGAACACUGUGUAGAUAUAUUGUGAGUCUUAUAAAUUUUGAUGGAUUCGUCAUGUUCUGAAAUAGGGAACAUCCUUUAUGUUUUAUUGUACUCACAGUUUUCUCAUGUUAAUUUUAAAAAGUAUUAAAAGUUUUUCACAAUGCAAUAAGAUAACAACUACAAAAACUACAAACAGAACAAGUAGAAUAUGGAGAGUGAACUCGCAGUUUUCUAAGGGACAAUUGCCAUAAGAAACACCUGGCAUUCCUAGGAGACAGUUGUCAUUUGUAAACCUUAGAAAGAGAUAUUUUAAGCUCCACACCCCCAAACUUAAAGUUCUCUAAUUCACAGUCGUGAAGGCCCCUGCAAGUGGUCUGUCUUCCUCAAAUUGAUUAUGCAUUUCUGGAAAAAAGUAGCUAGAAGCCAGGAUGAUUUCACAUAUCGUUGGGGCAUUUUGCAGUGCAAUGUGACUUGAUUACAAAUAAAUAUGCCAAAGCAAACCCCCUACCCUUGAAAGCUGGCCAAGAAGGUGCAUUUAGGGAGUGAUUGUGGUCUAGUUUCAGUGACCCCAGUUUACCCCAGAACAGUGUUGUGAGUGUUUCUGAUUUCCUAGAGACACACACUCCAAAAACGACUUUCUUUUUCCUGUUUGGUGAGUAACUCCUCUCUAUUGUUGUUGGCUUUGCGGUACAGAGCAACAGUGCAGGAUAUAGAGAAAGAGCUAAAGGAGCUCAGAAACAAGCAGGAUACGGGGAAAGCCAAGCUGGAGCAGUCAGUGACCGACACUGCCAUCUACCUGCAAGAACAGGUCAGCGAGUGGAAAUGUGAGGUCUUUCUUCCUGGCUGCCAAGAAUCAGUCACAUGGUUUCCCCUGGCCAUUAGUUUGGUUUCAGGUCCGUUGCCUGCCAGAUCUCCUCUUGAAACCUCUGCGCUUUGCAAGGGCUCUGUAGAGGUGGCUCUUUCACAGUGAGAAUAAAAGCAUGAGACUUAGCUUUCUAAGGCAGGAGCCAGACAGGGCCAAAUCUGCUUGGAAAUUCUAGGAAAGAAUAUUGGUCCAAGUUCUUCUGCUGACACCUUAAGCUGACAGCCACCUUGUAGUUAGCCAGGAAGAGUAACAGUAAAGAGGGAGUAAGAAUCUCUUUCCAGUGAUCAGCUUGCCAGACACACUUCUUCAGGUUGCCCUGAAGAAGUACACUCCUAAAAUUGUAACUUUCUUGUACCGUUGGGUUCAGCUGUGUCAUUGGGUUUGCUAAGCAGGAGUUUGCAAUGAUGCUGUCCUUGAUUUAAUAAGCAUGUCCUGCUGUCAUGAGGGGAAGCCCACAAGUCUAGGAACAGUUUUGAUCUAAUUUGGGAGGACUGAUUCCACUUUUGCAAGUAGAUAGGUAGCUGAGAGUUCUCUGGGCUGGCUUAGGAUAUAUGUCCCUGCAGGAUCCCCACAGUUGGUACAUGGACAGCUGCCUGUUUUUAUUUUUAAUGAAAAGCUCCCUUCCUAAUCCUCCAGAUAAGGGAGGCUGCCUCAAGCUCUGGCUGCUUCUGCUCAGUGGGGCAGACUCUGGUUGCCUUGCUUUCCUGCUGCCUUGCAGGGCCUUUUGCUCUGGAGUUGCCAGUGUUUUGAACCAGCCCCUGUAGCUUUCUGCUUUUAACAGCCAUUUGUUUUGCAGCUAUGAGCAGGUAUUAAUCUUUGGCUCCAUGUUGUGUAAAGCAUCACCUGCUGUUUCCCACAUAUCGAACCUCUUCUAGAGGUAUAGAGAAGGAGGCCACACUGUCCUGUUCCUCUCCCCCAAUGGUAACCCUGUUUCUUUCCCAUAGCCAUCCAGUUUAGUUUUUUGGAAUGCUCACUUUCUGCUGUUGUGGAUUUGUAAGGGAAGUCCUACCCACCCAUAACCUCUUAUUGGCUUCCCACUGACAGUCAGAUGAGUAGCUUGACUUUUGACCAUUCAGCAUCAAAGGUGAUGAGAUUAGUUCAUUUGUCCCCCCCCCCCCCCACCAAGCAUCCCCUAAAUCAUCUAUGCAAGUCCAAAUGUAGGAAUUCCCAAAUAAAGUGAUGGAGGAACCAUGUCGUCAACAACCCCAAAGGAGGUUUUCCCCAAAGAGAAAUGGGGUUCUCUAAGCCUCUGUCUGCUCCUGCACACUUCCACAUUUGAGGAAGCUGUGGGAGCUCAGACCCAGUGGUGCUCCCUACAUUUCACGCUGUUGGCUUAAGACAACCUGGGAUACUUUUAAAACUGAAGGGCAAGGUGCUAAAAUGCCCCAAGUUGCUUCCAAUUAGCGAUUGCAACAAUGAAACUGUAAAGAAGUUACCAAAUAAUUGCUAAAACAUCCACUGCAUUAAGCAGCUUGAAUAGGCAUGGACUAGUAAAACGGUACUUGCUUGGGGAACAGAAAGGUUCAGCAGGAAUAGAUCCUCGGUGGAGCAAGCAUUCCACAGAUGGGGUGCCACCAUGAAAAAAGCCCUUUCCCCCAGCCUCACUUCUAAAGUCAGGAAUACCCAGGGAAGGGCUUCAGAAGGAGAUCUUUCAGCAGGUUCCUGCUGCACUCCCCAGGGAAUCCACUCCUGCCAUGCGUUCUCAGGGAGCUCCAGGGCAGCUGCAGCAGCCAAGGGCCUCACGUUUCUGACACCUUUAUGAUACCCAUUUGUAAACAGAUGCAACUUUGCCAUGAGCCACACCAGAUGGGAAUGAGUGAAGUGCAGAAGGGUGGCAGUGUAGCCACAGCCUGAUCCUAAAGGGGUCCGUGUUAGCUAAAAUGGCAUCAACAGUGGCACAGAAAUCCCAGGCAAAUGCCCUUGGCAGUAAGAGAUAUUUGUGAGCGACUGUGUAGAGGCAGGGGGAAAGGGAGGGGACUGUAGAGUGUCCUGUGUUGGGCAGUGAACCGGCACAUGGUGAAAUAAGUGCCACUCCUUGGCCACCGAAACCUCCAUCCGCUCCCCCUUGACAGCCUGAGAGCUAAACCAGAGAUUGCGCUAAAUGCAUCUGUUCAAAUUGCAAGGGGGCAAGGACCAAUUUUCAUUGGACUGCAGAACGUGCAGAAGACUGGCUUAACUCAUACAAACCCCCAUAGUCCUAACAAAAAUCAUUUUCACAAAUCUUGCUAUUAACUCUGUGUGUGGAAGAGCUCCUACUGGCACCAAUGAAAGCUUCCCUUCCAGAGUGAAUAGAAACUUUGGCUUCUAGGGUAUAUGUCAUGUCCAUAUUGGUCCGUGAGAGUUUAGCAGACCCUGCUUUCUAAAACUUCCACCCCAUCUCUAGUCAUGAGCUCUAGAAACUUUUAUCUCUUAAGAUGCCACUGGGAUUCUUGGCAUUAUGGUUGCGUUGCCAGACCCUGCCUGCUCCUGCCUGAAAAUAAUGUAAUAAAUUGUUGUUGGUGUCCAUCUGUCUUGAGAGACAAUGGAGUGGGCCAAUUAGAGCAGCACGAUAUAGCUGCCGCCACCCGUACUCGACCCCAGUUCUGUGGAAGAUAGGAAACAUUUUGUCGUCUGACUCCCUUGUCUAAAGCUGGACUCCUCCUUCUCUCCCUUGCCCACAGUUAGACAAGCUUAGAGGUGUCAUAGAGAACAUGAUGGCUUCCUCGUCCACGCUGCUGUCCAUGAGCAUGCCGCCUACCCCGGAGCCUGGGGUGGCUCAGGUCCAGAGCACAUGUGCAGCUUGCAGCUUAGAUGUCAGUGAGAAGGUUAGCCAGCUGUUCAAGCGCUAUGAGCAGCUGCAGGACUUGAUUAACAACUUCAUGUUAAGGCAGGCAGAAGGCAAACUAGCCAAGAAACCCAAGCACCGCCAGGUAAGGCCAGCGCAAGAACGUGACCUCAGGUUUCCAGGAGGAGGGCAGAGGGAGGACUUCAGGGGGCUCUGUGUGGAUGCUGAGGCCUGAUCUGAGACUUAGUGGUAAGGCCUGAAGAAGGCUCAUUUGGGGAGUUACGUGCUGGGAAGCCGCGGCACACUGAGGCUUGGAAGCAGAAGCUACAGAAUCAUAGAAGGGCUCUCCAAAUGCAUGAGUCAACCUGCUGUCCUCAGACGGCAUUAUGUGUGCAUCUGUAUUCAUAUCAUUUAUUAUCCUGCCCAUCCCUAGAGAUGGGAUCUCUGAAUCCCUCUCCCAUCCUCCAAAGGGGCAUAGAGAGAUUCUUGUCCUAGGUAACAUAAGCAAGGAAUUAAGAAGGAUUGAACAAGCCAUCCUACCAUAGAUAAUGGUUAUGUCCAUGGCUUUUUUGUGAUUCUGUUUUCUCAUAUGGCAUCUUUUUGUUCUUUGUGCUCUGUAACAAAGUGCCAGGAUUUGUGCUUUCUUUUGUAUGCUGAAACUGUAUUAAUAUCAUCACCAAGGGGCAGAAUGGAAGUACAGUGCAACAUCAAUGAUAACUAGGGGCAGGGGUGAGAAAAGCACACGUGUUUCCAUUCAGAGAGGAGACACAUGCAAAGGCAGAACCCACAGGUGUCUGCUCCUAAAUACAAAGUUUUUGCUUGAUAGUGUACUGUCAUCUUCAGGCUGUAGUUCUGAUCCAAUGUAGAUAAAAUACGCAUUGCACCAAAACUAAAGGGAAUUAACACACUUGGGGAGGGAUUUAAUUAAGGAGACCCAUGUCAAUGUUGGCUUUCAUUACUUUGUUGCUUUUGCAACCAGGAUGAAGAGAUGCUCAACCAGAUCCAAAGCACCAUCCUGCAAGUUCAGGAUGACUGUGAGAAGCUGAACGCCACUGCAGGCACUCUUGUAGAAGAUCAUCGCCAGAAGCAGAAGGAGAUCAGUGUAGGUGAUCUUGACGCCAGAUUAGAGGGUCAAAUGACAUGGAACAUUCCCAGUGUUGUUGCUUCACGAGGAUUUGGUGGUGCUUCCUCCAGGGGGAAGCAGCUGGCUCUCCUCCCUCUGCUUAAGCAAGUGCAAAGCAGGUGACUGAGGUCAUGAGACUAUAGUGGUGGCAGCAGUACUGGAUAUCCAGCUGGGUUUGUUGGCAUUUGGUCCAAGCAGCUACAAAUCAAUCAGCAUCAGCAAAUCACCUCUUACAGCAGAUAUGCCAACAUUUGGUAUGGGGGAGGCAGCCUGUUCUCCAGGGGCCAUCGUGUUCCCUGCCACCCAGACCCCUCAUGGGAGAACCAGCUGUAUAAUAAGCCACCAAGUAGCUGCCAGCCAGAUUGUCCAAAGAAAAAGGAGUGAUACUAAGAUGUGCAGUAUCUUGGCUCCUUGCUGCUGUUGAAAAUAACUUUGUUUUUUCUUACAAGUGGGUAAGAGUUCUAUCUGAUGUUCACUAAACUUGGUAGGGUUGCCAGGGGCCCCAUCAAAUCACCCUGUUGCCCUCCUUGGCAAGUAAGCAUCCUCCCACCCCCACUCUGCCCCCAGUAUCGAUUCCCAAAAUGUUGAGCUAGUUGACCUAAAGCAUGCUUUGUCAAUACACUAGCCUACAGUCUGUUAUCACUCAUGAGAUAGAAGCAUGUUUGGAAUGACAGUUGUGUGAUUUGCAGUAUUUGGAUGCAAUGAGACCUUGCAGAACAUGUGCUAGUAAAUGAAUAUAUAUAUAAAAUUUUAAAUAAAAGUAUAGUGGGAAUGAAGAACUCUGUGGCCUUCCAGAUGAUGUUGGACUACAAACAACUCCCAUCAUCUCUGAUCAUAGGCCAUGCUGCCUGGGACUGAUGGGAGAUGAAGUUGGAAACAUCUGAAGGGCACCAGAUUCCUCUGCCCUGCUGAGUAGGAAUGUGAGUCUCUGGGUAACCACCUUUGAUUAUUUUGCUUUGUGCUCUUUACAGAUGUUGUUCAAGUCCCUGGAGAGACUAGAAAAUGUAAAAGCGGACAAAGACAGCCUAGUGAUGGAAAUUGAUGUGGUGAGGAGUUGUACUUGAUAACACAUCACAGUUGUCCCAUGCGCAUCGAGCCAUGGCUAGGUGCUCCUACAUAAGCUCUACUUGCAGAGGGAGCUAGCGUAUGAAGUAGAUGGGGCCUGGAUUCUGCUCCCAGCUCUGCAGCCAACCUGUAGGGCAGUCAUUAGCAGUUUGCAUCCUCUUUCUGGAGUUGAACGGGGAUUCUGUGGCUUGCCAUCCUUAUAGAUUGGAGGGAGAUGCUCUCUGGACAUGCACACUCAGAGCUACUGAUGGGAAGGGUGGGGGUGUUCUUUGUGAUACAGAUCUUACCAUAGAUAUGCCCCCAUCUUUCCCCCUACUUUUCCAGAAAGCAGAUAAGGCUGCCCUUGCUGCGAAGGUCAGCCGUAGCCAGUUUGAUGCCACCACGGAGCAGUUGCAUAAGAUGAUGCAGGAGCUGUUGAACAAGAUGGCUGGGCAAGAACAAGAUUGGCAGAAGAUGCUUGACAAACUCUUGAUUGAAAUGGACUCCAAGGUAAGCAAGGCUCUUGCCUUGCCCAUGAUUCACAGCCAGGCCAAUGAGGGCAUCCCAAAGUGCCGAGAGCUUCCCAUGUUUGCGGCUCAGUGCUGUGGAAUGUGGCUGGGAGUACCCAGUGACUCAUUCAGAAGCACAUCCCUUUCUGCCCUGUUCCCAACACUUACUGUAAGUGCUUAUGCUGGUGAGCCAGCCAUGCAUGUCUCAUUGCUCGUGUCUGUCCCUGACAAUCAGGUGAGCCAGGGUAGGCUGAAGGGUAGGAAUAUGCAUGAUUCCUGCCUCUAAAUACUGGCUUCCAGUUUGUUUCUGGACACAAUUUGAAAUGCCGGCAUUUACCAGUAAAUCUCUAUAAACAGGAUGUCUGAAGUAGGGAUGGACAGGCCAGUCUAAUUGCCAACCAAUGCGUGCUUUACAUGUGUUCACUCAUGGGUCCCAUUCUAUCCCAUUUUCUGCAUCAAUCUUUUUAAUGCCUAUAUAUUUUUUUUAACUGUUUAAUAUGUUUGAUUACAUAAAAUGGGAUGCGGGUGGCGCUGUGGGUAAAACCUCAGCGCCUAGGACUUGCCGAUCGCAUGGUCGGCGGUUCGAAUCCCCGCGGCGAGGUGCGCUCCCGUUGCUCGGUCCCAGCACCUGCCAACCUAGCAGUUCGAAAGCACCCCCGGGUGCAAGUAGAUAAAUAGGGACCGCUUACUAGCGGGAAGGUAAACGGCAUUUCCGUGUGCUGCUCUGGCUCGCUAGAGCAGCUUCGUCAUGCUGGCCACGUGACCCGGAAGUGUCUGCGGACAGCGCUGGCUCCCAGCCUCUAGAGUGAGAUGAGCGCACAACCCUAGAGUCUGUCAAGACUGGCCCGUACGGGCAGGGGUGCCUUUACCUUUACAUAAAAUACAUAUUUGUGUAUGAACUUUGUCCUUAAAUACACAUUUUUGAAUGCAUUUCAGUAUUUUUAUUAUCUUUAGCCUGAGAACUAUAUUGCAAAAAUAAUAAGGGUGCAAAAAGUGGAGGAUAAUUGUGUUCUAAUCUGCUGUCCAGGAAUGCAAAUCAGACCGGGUCACUUGAAAAUGACAGGCCAAAUGAAAUAGUUGGGCAUCCCUAGGCCGAAGGCUUGCCUUCUUCUAUAGAAACCUGCCUGUUCAUACCAAUUGUCAUCUGAGGCUCUUCUCUGCUAGCCUGCCUUCAGAACCUGCAAUAAUUUCUUCUUUCCCUUUUAAGUUUCUUUUAAUUUAAACAUACAAAACAUAUGAACAUUUCCAUUCUUUACACACCAUACAAUUAUCUUAAAUGUUCCAACUCACUCCCUCUCUAAAACAAUGCAGUGUAAGUUAAUAUGCAUUUUUGUAUGCUAAUAUUGCCAUCCAGCCAUUAAUUAUUUAAUAUAGCUUUUAUGGUCUUUCAUGCUGUUUUCAAAGUAUCUCAUUUUCAGCAGUGAGAAAGCAUUAAAUGACCCUCAGUUAAAUCUUUGCUUCAUUUAAUUGGUAAAGGGGGAACAAAAUAUUUCAAUUUGUUCUUGUCUCUGUCUCUCCCCCCCAUCCCAUCACAGGGUCUACCCUGUGGUGGCACCUUGCCUUUUGAAAUGCUCCCCUGGAGUAUCUCCUCCAUAUCUAAGGCCUUUACCACUUAGGCACUGAUUAAUGACUGUGCCAUUUUCCCAGCUUGUGUUGAAAUGGAUGCACGACUUUUCUGCUGCAAGCUGCCUUGAGCACCAGAAAGGUGGGCUGAACAAUAUUUUGAAUGGCAGCGACUCACUCAAAGGGGCGGAGCUUCAGUGCUAGCUUUCCAGCGGUACCGCUUCUAGGAUUGGUAGCGUUGCAGCUCUACCCUACCGCGCCAGUGCCUUGAACAUGCAGCUCUCUCCAGAACCGUUCUGUCCCUUUCUGUGCAGCUGGACCGCUUGGAACUGGACCCCUUCCGACAGCAGCUGGAGGAGCGCUGGAAGGAUAUCCGGAAACAGCUGAAGGAGAGGAUGCCACAAGAAAUAGGAGACGAAGCUGCUGGGAUCAGGAGGUAAGAAGGUCUGAAAACAGACAACUCUUAUCUUCCAGUAGACGUAUGAUAACAGCGGGCAGAUAUCAAGCCAAAUCUGAUGCACGGUGCCACACGUGUCUCACGUUUGUGGGUGUGGUGUGAAAACGAAAGCCUCCAGCAUGCCAAUGCACACUGCCUACAACAUGCUCCUUGGAACCGUGUGCUGGUUUUAUAGUUGAAGGGUCUUACGUAGAGGAGCAGAAUGCUGAGACACUGCCUGUCAGGAUAAGAUGUGUUGGAUGGACCAUGGCCCUUUGGCCUGGCCUGACCUCAGCGCACUUUGUAUAUCUAGUAUGAGUUCCUGAAAGAAAGGACUUUGGAGUAGUUUGUACCCUAACCUAGCACUUUGAAGAGAAUGGUUAUUCUCCAGCAAGCUGGGGUCCAUAUGUCCUACUUCUCUACUGCACUCUUUGGGCUCUGGGUAUUUGUUUUUGACACUUACGCUGGGAACAUUGAGCCCUGUUCCAACACCAAAAGCCUUGCCGAAGAUGCUUUCUCUACACCAGGUAGGCAACCUAAGGCCCGUGAGCCGGAUGCAGCCCAAUCGCCUUCUCAAUCCGGCCCACGGACGGUCCAGGAAUCAGCGUGUUUUUACAUGAGUAAACUGUGUCCUUUUAUUUAAAACGUAUCUCUGGGUUACUUGUGGGGCCUGCCUGGUGUUUUUACAUGAGUAGAAUGUGUGCUUUUAUUUAAAAUGCAUCUCUGGGUUAUUUGUGGGGCAUAGGAAUUUGUUCAUUUUUUCCCCAAAAUACAAUCCGGCUCACCACAUGGUCUGAGGGACAGGGGACCGGCCCAUGGCUGAAAAAGGUUGCUGACCCCUGCUCUACACCAUCCUUGGCUUUUCUCUCUGCUCAAGCUCUGUUCAGAAGUUUUUGCUGCUUCUAGGCAUAGUUAGUAGUUUGUGAAACAAUACACCCUUGGCUUGAAGGAGUAUACCUUGCCUACCUGCCUAUAUAUCUAUUCUCCCAUGCCACUAGGUUGCCUAGAAACCUCUGCUUUCAAAGAGUAGAAGUUAUGAUUUGGGAGGGGGUUGCUUAAAAAAAACUGCUUUGGAAGACUGGAAGCCUUUCACAUUUACUAUUGCAAUAUGAUUAGAGUAGGUCUGGGGUCAAGUGUGUCCCUCCAAGCCUCUGUCUUACUCGCUUUACUCUUCCCAGAGUACACCCUCUCUUCUCACUGGUUCCAGGAAGUCAAAGGAGUGGUGGAAUUGAUAGCUCAGUUGGUUAGAGUAUGGUGUUAAUAACACCAAGGUUGCAGUUGCAAUCCCCCUAUGGGACAGUGGCAUAUUCCUGCAUUGCAGGGGGUUGGACUAAAUCAUGGGUAAGCAAACUUAAGGCUCAGGGGCCGGAUCCGGCCCAAUCGCCUUCUAAAUCUGGCCCACGGACAAUCCGGGAAUCAGAGUGUUUUUACAUUAGUAGAACAUGUGCUUUUAUUUAAAAUGCAUCUCUGGGUUAUUUGUGGGGCAUAGGCAUUUGUUCUUUCCCCCCCAAAAAAUGUAGUCCGGUCCCCCACAAGGUCUGAGGGACAGUGGACUGGCCCCCUGCUGAAAAAGUUUGCUGACCCCUGGACUAAAUGAUCCUCAGGGUCCCUUCCAACACUACAGUCCUAUGAUUCAGCCCCCCCCCCCAAAGUCUGUUGAUCCUCCUUGAGUGUUUUUGCAAUGCAUUUCUCCAGUAAAAACACACACACACACACACACACACACACACACACACACACAAAAUAUGUAUGUUAGAGUACAAAAAUGCAUUGUGUUAUGGAAAAUUGCCAGCAGAAAUGUGUGUGUUAGGUAAAAUUACAUAUAACAUGCACAUCUACAGAGAAAUGUACACAAAAUUGCAAACAGUUUUUUGCCUGGACCUUCCCCCCUUCCCUAAUGCAAACUAAUGUGGAAAAGGGGCAAACUGAAUUUUAAGACUGGAAAAGUGAGAAACCGAAACUGAUAAUUUUGUUCAGAUGGGGCUCUGAAUCUUGGAUGUUCCCCUGCCUAUAGGCAUCUCAAUCGCACUCUGCUGCAUAGCUUUUUUUGGGUUUUUUUGUUGUUGGUUUUUUUGAAGUCUUUUGGAAGGAGUGGCCCAGUUGGCUAGCUGGCACUCUCUCAUCCCUCCACGUUGUUGUCAAUGGAUACUCUUUACUUCACUGCUGCAAGCUGCAUCACCCAUGUGUCACCACCAGAGGGUGGUGGUGCUUGCGACGCGUGGGGACAUGGGGCACAGCUCACUCACCUCGAAGAAGGGAGAGUGAAUAGCCUCAGCGAUGGAAACUGGCAAUUACGAAUGCAUUCUGCUGGGCGGAGGGUGGUGGCACAGUCAGCAGCCCCCAUACUGUGUGCCCGUUAUGUAAGAAGAUAGAGACUGGAUCCAACAGCUAGGCAGGCCGCCUCCCAGGCCUUGCUCUCUGCUUCCCUCCACAUCCUUUGACGGAACGAAACAGUGACUGUACUUGAAAGAGUGGAGGAAUAAGGUGCUAGCAAAUGCUUUCCGACAAGAAGCAUAGUAUCCCCAGGCGAAGUUGUGUGUGCACAGUUAAUUCCAGCUCUUCCUCCAGGGCGAUCUUCAAGGAACAGAGAGGCUUGAAGCUGCUCAAAUCCUGCCCCAUGCACCAAGUACUCUUUCCCAGCAGUAGCUGGUGGUGCCAAUUCCUGACUCAUAACCCCACUCACCGCUGCUUCCUUAAUGUCAGUCAGUGGGAUUAGGUAAAGGUGUGUCAUGUUUGGGAGGGAAGGAUCUCCAUAGCUACCUGAUCUCCACUGGAGGAAUCUGCUUCCCUCGAAGAAGGAAAAGGGCGGUAGGGAAUAGAAGUACAGUACAAAGUGCAACCAACGAGCAGUUUUGAAGAGGGGAGUACAGUGGUACCUCGGGGUUAAGAACUUAAUUCGUUCUGGAGGUCCAUUCGUAACCUGAAACUGUUCUUAACCUGAAGCACCACUUCAGCUAAUGAGGCCUCCUCCUGCUGCUGCUGCGCCGCUGGAGCACAAUUUCUGUUCUCAUCCUGAAGCAAAGUUCUUAACCCAAGGUACGAUUCUGGGUUCGCAGAGUCUGUAACCUGAAGCGUAUGUAACCCGAGGUACCACUGUACUUGUUUUCUAAAGCAGGUUGUUGACGUUCUUUUCCAACUCCCAACGUUGUUUUCACAUGCAAUUUGACAUUUAGAUUUUAAAAAUGUGUUGUUCUAAAAUAUCGAGAACGAUCUCCUGUUGCUCUCUGACAGCUCCCCGGGUGGUCAGUUUUAAAUAGGAAGCACCCAUGCUGAGUGUUAGGAUACCCAAGUUAAUUCCACACUGUUAUGUUGCUACCCAGGCAGUCAGAAACUACAUAGGAACGGGGUAAGAAGGCAGCAGGUGAAUGUGCCUGGCCUGCUUGUGCUUCAGUGUGCGAAAAGUGCCUUCUGCAUCUCCUCCUCAUCCACGGAGAGAUCUGUGAGUGCCUGGUGUUGCUUCUUCUUUUGCUGUUGUGAGUCCACAAACCUUUCAACUUCAGGGCAUCUCCCCCUUCAUGAAAAUGUGUGUACAAACUAUCAUUUUACUCUCCUUCACACGGACCUUUCAGGCAGACAUUUGCAUAUCCUGUAUCAACGCCGCCCCCCCCCGGCACCUGCUCUAUACUCCCAUUGCCGUAAUUCCUUCAUUUGGCCUAAGCAUCUCUUUUUCUACCCAAACAGGAGACUCCUGGCCCAUUUCCACUGCAUCUCUUGCGACCGACCUUUGGAAAUGGUUGUUCCUGGCCCGUAAGUCCAUGUGUGGAACUCUUAUGAUGCUUGUGUGCUUAUGCUGCUGUCCUGGGCUCCUUCGGGAGGAAGGACAGAAAAUUAACAAUAAAUAUUUAUAGGGGUAUGUGGUGGUUUAAAAAUAGGUGCAGUACAGGACUUGGAAGCCGGGUGAUUUGGAUUUGAGUCCUCCUUGCUCAGCCAUGAUGGGGAAACCACAGCCUCCAACUGGUAGCUUGGGAAAAACACAUCCCAUCAGCCAGCCCAGGGUCCUGCAUGGCCUGCCCUUCUGUGACAAGCAGAUGUCAGCAGCUGAACCAGGGACGACUUCCUUGUCCUGUAGCUGCUUCGUUCUCCCACCCCUCCCUUUGCUUAACCUGCCUGCUUAUUGUCUUGGCAGACACAUCACUACACUCCCUGCUGUGCCAGGUUUACCUGCUCACCAAUCCCUCCGGCCAUACAUGGUUUAUGAAUUGGAACAAAUCAGGCAGCUGAACCGCAGGUACGCAGAGGACAAGGGGCUUCGGAGGGUUUUUUCUGGUUCCUAGCUUGUGUGUAUUUUAAGAGGCAGGUCAGGUGGGAAUUGGACGGGGCACAGAUUUGGAAAUAGGGGGCCUGCUGGGGAGAAUGAAACUGAGAAGAGAGCAGAUGCAAAGUGCCUCUGGCCUUGGUGAUAUUGCUAUCAUUCUGUUGGGGGAAGGCAGGAGUGGCAGGGAAAUAGCUUGCAGCCCAAAUACUCCUGCCUAGCAAAACAAGAUUUUUCACUGACAGGUUGGACAGAGGGAGCUCCCCCAUUUCCUCUGCCCCAUUUGCAUGUGAUGAAAAUGGGGCAAUCGUUUCAGCAAACUGGCAGGUAGGAGGGCAGGGCAGGGAAUUAGUCUCUGUUGGUGUGGCGAGGCUUUUCCUGGCAGCUUAGUGGAUGCCAUUGUUUGUUUCCUACAGUUCUCUUGCAAACAAUAUUCUGUCACCAUGUAGCAAAAAAAUACAGUGGCAUCUGUUAACCAGAGGCUAAAAGAAAUAACCCCAGUGCCAAAGUUAGGAAACCGGUGGUGGAAGGAGGACGGGGAUAUAAGGGGGUAGGUGGGGGUGAAUCCCCCCCUUUCCUCCAACCAUCCCUCUCAAAAAUUGGCUGAAAGUUUCCUUUGGGCAAUCUCUCAACACUUCCUUAGAUAGAAGUGUCGCUGGAUGGGGCAGUAGACCUCAGCAACCCCUCCAUUUGUUACACCCAGAGGAUCUUCUGUAGAAAAUGUGUCCCAUUGAACAUGUGCCCUUUGCUUUCUAGAUUCUUCAUAGCUGUCAGUUUGAGUGAACCUGGUUAGGUCUUCCCGGGUAGCAUAGCUCCACGUAAAUGUUCUCACCAGUUCCUGCUUUCUCACAAAAGGAGCGUAAAAUGCGAGCAAGGCAUGCUGGAAGCAACAGCCCUGCUUAACAGUGUGAUUUCUCUUUUCCGUUCUCUUUCUGUGGCUGUUUGCCGUCUCCUUGCUCUCUGGCUUGUGCUGCUGCACCCCACCUUUCCCCUUCCCAUCCUAUUGUACCCCACCCUAGUCUGAAGUUAGGACCUGGUGUUCGUUUUGAUGCACUGGAGAAGAGUGCAAGUCUCAAUAAGCUGCGCCGCAUCCAUUCCAAGAUGCUCAUGGAUAUACAGAAGGUGCAGAGCCAUUACAGUGGUGGAGCAGCGAAGGUCAACGCUCAGAUGAUCAGGGAGAUGCUGCAGGCCCAGUGUCUUGGCUCAACCCCAUAUGGCAAACGGUAGGAGAAAAGGUCUCGAGCAGUUGAAGUUCAUAGCUCCAAAGCAACGAGAAGCAAAGUAGGGCGGGCACUCAGUUUGAAGGCACCCGGGACAGAUCAAACUCCACGCCCCACCCAAUUGCGGCUUCCUGGCCUCACCCACCGUACCCCACUUCUGCCACCACGCCCCAGUUCUUGCCGAACCUGGUGGGAGCCAAGGUGCUCCUCUGAGUGUUGCUCCCCCAGGGGAAAGCCAAGCAGCAGCCAGAACACAGGAACACCCUGGCUCUUGCCAGGACACUCACCCAAAUAUUGCCGCUUCCUUGGCUUCUCCACCUGGAGGCGGGGAAGACGAGCAGCAAGGCUGCACACUGGAAUGCCUCCUCCUCGGUGGCAGGAGUGGUGGAGAAGGCCAUUUUAUUAUCCCAGAAUGAGUCUGGAGGAAUAAAAGAUGUUGGUGGCUCAGGCCACUUUGCUCAGUGCUUCUUUGAUGAGUAUGGAGUUGGGUAAGCUACAUUUAAAAAAUCAAAAGGGGAGGGCAGCAGUGUCAGCUCCAGUGGGCUUUCUGGGGGUUCUGGGCCCAGACAUUUACCCCAUCAUUUCAGGUGCUGAUGCUGGGCUUGAAUAAUGCUUCAUUACGCAGCCAUCCUAGGGAUUUCAAGGCAUGGACACAACAGAACACCACCUGUUCAGAAAUCCCUGAAAGUCAGAUUUAUAAAACAGUCAUUAAUACUUAGCUAAAUCUCUGGGUCGAGCUCCUAGUUAAUUCUUUUUAUCCAGGUGGAUAUUCCAAAUAGGGUGUAAACAAUAUCAGCUUUGCAAGAAAUCAGCCACAAGAAGAGCAGGAGCAGCUAACUAUAUGCUGAGCCUUCUCACUUACCAAUGUGGAACUUCUUUACUUUGUUGCACACAUGGGUGAAAAUUCCUAUACACAGAAUCCACUUUUUGGAACAAGUUUCUGUGUGGUAAGAAGCCACAAACUCCUCACGUGCUCUUAGUCUUAUCUCACUGGAUACCUGGCAUGCAGGAUUUAUGCAGAUUCUUAUGCAGAACCAACUUCAGUGAAGGAAUUUCGUCAUGCCUGAAGCAACCCCUUAAGGUGCUUCUCCUUAGCGUACAUAUAGCUCUGUGAAUGGAAAGAAUGCACAUAUUUAGUGGUCAGACUUGCUGCUGUUGCUGCACGGUAAUAAAAUCUGGAAUUCCAAAGCAAACUAUGAGCUUGAGAUGUCUGUUGAACAAGUCAGACCUGACUGUUACAGCUUCACAAUAUAUUUACUGAUGUCUGCAGGCCAACUCCUUUACCUGCAGAACCAAAGAAGUAACAUGCAAACAAACAUUAACCUUGUACUGCAGGUCAGGUAUGCCACCCCAGUUCCCAACAGCAAAGUUCCACCAAGACUUCAGAAACCCCUCCCGUCAAAACUGGCCAUGUAGCUUGCAUUUUUAUUUCUGCUUCAUUGUUAGCUUGCUAGUUGCUGCUCCCCCUAUUGCUUCCAUGCCUGAAAUUCUACUUUCUGUCUAGGAAGCUCCCUCCUUGUCUACAUGCUGACUUGUGACAAGAUCUACUCUUUCAUUCUGGUGUGUGUGUGUGUGUGUGUGUUGCUGCUUGAUGAAGUGCAGGCCAGGGAGACAAAGCCAGGAGCAGGUUGUUGUUGUGCACUGUGUAUGCACCUAAUAUUUCAGAUUUCCCUUCCACCAUGACCUCUCUGGAGCGGCUUAGUGUUUUCUGCUUUAUUUGGGAAAUGGAUCAGUUUUGACAUUCUGAAAAUGUUCAGUGUAAUUGUGAGUGGUGUUUUGUGGGACAAUUAAGGACAGCGGUGCUAAAUUGUGACAAAGAAAUGUAACCGCCCUCCCCAAAAGUGCUUUCUGAAGUUAGCAUUUCAAAAUAUCCUUGGGCAGGACUUGACCCUAGACAACUUGGGAGUGGCAUUUGGCUUGCUCUCUCAUAUUUAUCUUAUUUAUUUGUCUGUUCCCACCUUUCUCCUUCCAAAAGGAGACUCAAGGUAGCUGCUAAAGUGUACCAUGAAAAAUCAAGCACAGCAUUACUGUGCCAUAUUACACAUAUACACUCAACGCAAGCCCCACCGAGUUCAAUGGGGCUUACUGUGAAGUAAGCAAGUGUAGGAUUGCAACCUAAUAUUUUUUUAACAUUCGGCACCGAAACCAAAUUACUAUUGCACCUGGAAAGAAGAUCUUUCCUGUUCCUUUUAACCUCUCUGCAGCCACAACAGAAGGUGGUGCCACAGACCUUCCACCUUGCUCAUUUCCCGUUCCCCUCCUGACCACCUUCUCCCCAGCUAUAACGUCCAAAAGGGAAGUCCUGCCUGGUCUAGCUCAAGGGUAGUCUCCAGAAGAAGCUGGACUCCAACUUCCUUCAGCCCCAGCCAACAUGGCCUUUAAUGGAGCUGCAGGCCAGCAGCAUCCUGUUGGUUAUCAUGGUCUAGCUAGUAAGCCAUGGAUGUGGCUGAUGGGUGGGAUCCCCAGUUGGGUAAGAGGACAGGGUGGGUGGGUGCUGUACUUUUAUGAGCUGCUUAGAAGAUGGGAUUUUCACAUGCAAAGCUUACCUGCUGAGAUUCUCGUCUUCUGCACAGUUUAAAGAUGUGGUAGCCCACCCUGGUCCCCCUUUUCACCUGGCCACUGUAGUGAAGUGAGAAAAUAAAGAAUAAGGCAGCAGGAGUUGUGGCUGUGUGUUGGGACAGCUGGUCUGUUAAAGAAUUGCUGCAGCAUGGAGAAGGAAAGCCAGCACUAGCAGUUGGACGAGUAUACAGAUUUUGUCACAAUCCCCCAGGUACCCAUGUAUGGUUUGGGGUGUUGUCCUCCAGAAACCAGGUUAGUGUAGUCAGUUCAGCUUCAGACUCAGUGGUAGUGGGGAGCAAGGAGAGAGAGCACCUGUGCCUUUGACAGUUGUGUAAAAGAUGGUGCAGUAUGUGUUACAAGCUAUACGUGCUGAAACUCCACGUCCUACAAACCAUUCAAGGUUCAAGAGCCUGCUCUUUUGCAUUUGGGCCCCUUACACACUGGGUUCUCCCACUUUGACCUGUUGACCCUUGAUUCCCAACAGCGACAGGCUUGCUGAUAUGUCAGACUUCAGCUACAUAAGCGUUCCUCGCCACUGCGGAGGCAGCCACACCCUCACUUACCCAUACCGGCGUUACGGACGGCUGCAGCAGUUUGCACAGUCUAUGGCACCAGUCCAACCGGACGAAAACGCCAUGUUGGCGGUGAUGAAGGUAAUAAGAACUGGGGGUGGGGAGGGAGACGGAAGGUGGGGCGUGGAAGUCAGGCUGGACUCAUACCUGACCUGUAGGUUUUGGAGCCUACAAGGGAUGCACAGGCCUGCACUUGCUUUGCAUGAUCCACUUCACAUAAGAGGGAGAAAUACAGUCUGGAUUGCACUGAGUAUUUGCUCAUCCUCUGUCCAUUUGGUUUCUUCACAUGUAACUUUGAACCUCAUCAGAUUUAUUUGAUUUAAAAAACAACAACAACAACACUGCACCUUGCAUUGAAUGAUCCUUAGCACCUAGUAAUAACACAGAAAAUUUCCCCUCAAUCAGUUUUGGCAAUACUAUGCCCAAUUUUAUAAACCUCAGGCAUGUUUUUCCUGCCCUCCCAAAAAGCUCCAGUGCUUUCUUUUGUCACAAGGGAAGUGCUGCAGCCCCUUAGAUUCCUGCACCUUUUCCACCUCUACAAUCUCCUUUUGGAGAUGUGGCAGCCAUACUUCUACAUAACAUCUCAACUAGUUUGAUAUGAAGGCCCUGUGAUAUCUACAGUCUCUUCCCUAUUAAUCCCUAGUAAGGAAUUUGUCUCCUUCGCAGCUGCCACAAUCUGGGUUGACACUGAGCUUUUUCUUCCAAGAUCCGGAGACCUCUUCCAUGUCACCGCCAGUUCAGGCUGAUCAAACUAUAUCUGAAGUUGGGAUAAUUUUUGCUUUUGCCCCAAGGUGCAUCUUUACGUACACUGAGCUUCCACCUCCCAUUUUGUUGCCUACCUACCCCAUUUGGAAAGAUCCUUUUGCCUCAGCCCAUAAGGAGGUUGACCCUCUGCCACCUGCACACACAGUACCUGCGUGCAUCUGUGCCUGUGGAGAGCCUUUUCCCACACUGAAUGUGUGAAUAGAGGGUGAGGGAGCAUUUCCUUCCUGCUUGCUCUCAGCAGAGACAUGACUGUGAUUGUCAAUGGAAAGGGCCCCAGAACCCCAUUCCCUUGUCCUUUUUAAUAUGGGGGAGAGGGCUUAUAUGAGCUUCCCUACUGAACUUAAUAGUCAGGCAGGUUCAUAUAGGAAAUUGAAGAGAAACAAAUUUUACUGCUCUUGGUCUUAAGAGAAACCACAUACUUUCUUUUUCCUGUCCAUGGCCGAACCCUUCUUUCAGUAUUAGAGACUUUCCUUCCCUUCAUAAACUUGCGCUCAGUCACAUAGGCUGUUUGCUAGUAUUUUCUGCUAAUUUAUUUUAGUAGAAACUGAAACGGGCCUAUUUUAGGUUCCCAUUUCAAGGCUCUUCUACUCUUGCAUGUGGGCGGGGGACACACAUUUAAGCUGGUUUUCAGAAACGCAAAUGUUAUAAAACCCAAGCCCACAAUUCUGAGUGCUGUGUAAAGGCUGAGUAUUGGAACCGCAACAAUAAAUGGAAGGCAACACAAUUAUUGGUCUGGACACACUUGUUGACCUUGAGGAAGUUGCUGUAUAGGCUUAUUUCAGACCCUGCAAAAAGGGAAUAAUGUAUUAUCUAAAUGAGAAUGAGAACAAGAUCACCGUGUGUAGAAAAUGCUCCUUUCUAGCUGACAUUACAAUUUUCUCUUAAUGGCAGGACUAAUGGCUUGGUAUUGUUCCUGUGAUACACGUUUCACCUGCACCAGCUUAUCUCUCUCUGAAUUAUGUAACAUAAAGAUAACUGAAAAACAAAUUUCCUUUUGACCACUCUCUCCUGAUUUCUUUUUUUAUUAUCUUUUGUUAGCAAAAAGUUAAUUUAGAUUGCAAAAUGUUUUGUUCAUCCUUGCUAGUUCUAGGCCAGUAUCCCAACUCUCAUAGUGCUUGUUGCUAGAAGCCAUGCAAGAAAUACAAUGACUAAAAGGUUUGGAGGCUUCUUGUGCAUCAGGAUAUGUGUCCUGAUUAUGGGGGCUCAAAAAGCCAUGCAUUUGUUUAGUUCCUUUUUUUAUCUCAAAUGUUCUUCUCCCCCAGAUACCCAAUCAGAUGCCCACCAUCCAAAGUGCAGCCUCUAUCUUGGUUUCCACAGCCUUGGCCUCCUUUCCUUCCACAUUUCCCUGGCGUAAGACAUGCACCCCACCUCUCUCCCAUGAAUGGCACUCAAAAUAGUUAACCACAAGAAAUUAAAACAACUGGAAAGUAAAAAUAUUGAACAGCAGAAUUCUCCCUUCUCCAGCUUUCAAUUACCCACCCCCCUUAAAAAAAUUGCUCAAGCUCCUCCUACUGGUUGGAAAUUUACCGUAUUUUUCGCACUAUAGGACACACUUUUUCCCCUCCAAAAAUGAAGGGGAAAUGUGUGUGCGUCCUAUGGGGCGAAUGCAGGCUUUCACUGAAGCCUGGAGAGCGAGAGGGGGCGGUGCGCACUUCAGGAGAGCCCCAGCGCCAGCCCCACAAGGUCGGGGGACAGAGGGAGGCGGAACGCCGCCAUCCCGCUGUCUCCCGAAGUGGUUUGAGACCCCGCCGCCAGCCCCGCAAGCUCCGGGGACAGCUGGGAGACGCAGCGCGUCUUCCUGCUGUCCCCGGACCUGAUCUGAAGGCGGGCGGCGGGGAGAAGAGCGCUUCUCCCCGCUGCCUGCCCCGCAAGCUCCGGGGACAGCUGGGAGGCGCAGCGCGUCUCCCCGCUGUCCCCGGACCUGAUCUCAAGGCGGGCAGCAGGGAGAAGAGCGCUUCUCCCUGCUGCCUGCCCCGCAAGCUCCGGGGACAGCUGGGAGGCGCAGCGCGUCUUCCCGCUGUCCCCGGACCUGAUCUGAAGGCGGGCGGCGGGGAGAAGAGCGCUUCUCCCGCUGCCUGCCCCGCAAGCUCCGGGUACCGCGGGGUGGCGCAUCGCGUCUCCCGCUGUCCCCGGACCUGAUCUCAAGGCGGGCGGCAGGGAGAAGAGCGCUUCUCCCCGCUGCCUGGCCCGCAAGCUCCGGGGACAGCUGGGAGGCACAGCGCGUCUCCCGCUGUCCCCGGACCUGAUCUCAAGGCGGGCGGCAGGGAGAAGAGCGCUUCUCCCCGCUGCCUGCCCCGCAAGCUCCGGGGACAGCUGGGAGGCGCAGCGCGUCUUCCCGCUGUCCCCGGACCUGAUCUCAAGGCGGGCGGCGGGGAGAAGAGCGCUUCUCCCGCUGCCUGCCCCCAAGCUCCGGGGGCAGCUGGGAGGCGCAGCGCGUCUACCCGCUGUCCCCGGACCUGAUCUCAAGGCGGGUGGCAGGGAGAAGAGCGCUUCUCCCCGCUGCCUGCCCCGCAAGCUCCGGGGACAGCUGGGAGGCGCAGCGCGUCUUCCCGCUGUCCCCGGACUUGGUCUGAAGGCGUGCGGCAGGGAGAAGAGCGCUUCUCCCGCUGCCUGCCCCCAAGCUCCGGGGACAGCUGGGAGGCGCAGCGCGUCUUCCUGCUGUCCCCGGACCUGAUCUGAAGGCGGGCGGCGGGGAGAAGAGCGCUUCUCCCCGCUGCCUGCCCCUAAGCUCCGGGGACAGCUGGGAGACGCAGCGCGUCUUCCCGCUGUCCCCGGACCUGAUCUGAAGGCGGACUGCGGGGAGAAGAGCGCUUCUCCCCGCUGCCGGCCCCACAAGCGCCUGGGGGGGAAAUAAUUUUUUUUUCUUUAUUUUCCCCCAAAAAAACUUGAUGCGUCCUAUGGGCCGGUGCGUCCUAUGGUGCGAAAAAUACGGUAAAUGCCACACAUAAACAAUACAGUAUUCAAGUAGUCAUCCUGCCUGUAAUCCAAACCUGCAUGAUGGACCUGCUUUUAAUUUAAGACAUAUACUUGUUUAUCUUUUAUUACCUCUGCUUAGAAAAAUGUAAACAUAUAACUCUCUUGGUCUGACCUUACCAUAGUACAGAGCCCAGUACAGUUGUGGGUUACAGACCAUUAGUUCCUGUUCUUCUCCCUUUUCUGGGGGCAAAGUAUAGAUUUCCUCACCAGUGGCUGCAACUGGGCUCUUUCAUUAGCUUUUCUAAUUCUUGAGGUUUUUAAGACAAUAUUAUAUUGUUGCAUUUUUAAGUUGACAACCAUGGCGUGUUGGAUUUACAUGAAAGCUGCCAGUCUAGAAGAUGAGAGCUUAUCUUCCACUCGGGCUGAAAUCUUACAAAUAUAUGCACUGGGAGACUACUUCAGAUGUCAGAGUUUUAAACCAGUAGAUGGAAACCAAUGUGAUCAAGGGUUUGGACAAAUUCAUCUUAAAAUCCAAGUUGCCUGUUACAUCAUCGACAGUCUGUAUCUGUUUACUGCAGAGCAGGGAUUCCAGCGUUUCCCACUCUUUCUCAGUCAAUGGAACCACCAACAGGUUGCAACCUAGAGAUGAAGUUUCUACCUUUGUAAACUCCAGGGUAGAGUAGGGCAGCCUUCAGCAAUGUAUGCCCUCCAGAUAUUUUUGGACUCCCAUCUCCCAUCAGCUGCAGUCAGAAUGGCCGGUGGUUAGGGCUGAUGGGAGUUGUAGUCCGACAAAAUCUGGAGGUUGGAGGUAACAUGCAAACAGGUGUGAGUGGACAACAGGACUAAGGAAGAGAUGGGCAGGGAAGCUGUCACUGGAUCAGGGAAUUUAAAAGGCAAAGCAGGGAUCACUAGGUUCCAGCCUGGCCACCCUACUGUCAAAGUGAGAAAGCUUUUCAAGCUCCACUGUAAGUGUUGAGACUGAUGGAGUGAAACUGCAGGACUGGCUUGUAAUGGAUUUUUAAUGUUUGCCCUUGGGGCUAAAUUGAAAUCUGCCCUGUACUUGCAUUGAUUCCUAGCAUGAAGAGGUAGAUAUACUGGGUCUUGAUGGUCAUAUCUACAAAGGACGGAUGGACGCACAACUCCCAUCAAUAACUGGAAAGGACGGUAAGUGUUAUAUUCCAUGUGCAGACGCUUUGGGUAGAUUUUGUUAACCCUUUCAUGAACACUGUUCAGGUUAUUAAGUGUUAAUAUGCAGAGCUGUCUUUACCUUGCAUGGAACAAUGUGAAACAUUUGCCUUGAGCUGCAGAAUGCAAAGCCAGCACCGUUUUCCUGCUGCCGGUUUCCUGCUGCCGAUCCUCACCCCUGGUUUACUGAAUAAGCACAUCUGUAAGAGACCUGAUGCAUGUAAAAGGAUGACUCUUGUUUGGCUUCUUUAAAUCACUACAUCACUAUUUGUAUGUGUGUAGCAGAAAUACUGAAGUGUCCUUCCACCCUCUGUGCUUCUCCCACCAGGUGUUUUAAGACCGAGAAACAAGCUCAUUCGGUCGUCCUCACAAAGGCAUCAUCCCACGCUCAGUGACAUUGCCAAUCUUCCAGCUCGUCCCCACACUGCCAAAGUGUCUUUGCGCAGCAUGUCAGGUAAGUUCCGAGCCAGGUCAGGAUCUAGAAAAGAUGAGAUGAGACCCACUCAGAUAAGAUAGUGAGGUUUCCUUAAUUUAUAUACUCAUUCUGGGAUUAAUAUAGAAUAGGACAGUCCACGCAAGUGGAGCGUCUGUGAGAAACUCUGCUUUUAUAUUGGUUUUAUACUGUACCUAGGGCCCCUGCAGACAUCCUUUUUAUGCAUUCAUGAUUAUUUGUGCUAAUGAUGACAUUGGCACAGUUAUAUGUGAUUUCCGUUAUCAUUGGCAUCUACAUUGGACAUACAGGUUUGUUUCCAAACGUUACAUGUCCUAUAAUCUCCUGCUGAAAUCUGGCAACUUUUCAUGCCCAGAAUAUUUGGGGUGGUGAUGGAUGGUCAAGUUUAAAUACACUACUAAUCCAUUGUUAAUUGCACCUGCAAAAAAACAAAACCCACUAGUCUGCUCGGCCUUAAAACUGUUGUGGCUUUUCCCAAAUAAUCCUGGGAAUUGUAGUAUAUAGAGGGAAUCUUGUUAAGAGAGCUGUAGUUUGUGCACACUCUUUGCAGAACUAUGUUUCCCAUAAUCCCUUGAGCAGGGGAGAUUUCAGUUAAGCCAGUUUUAAGGCUUUAGAGUGGGUAUUUCCUCUGUACGUUCUAUAGGCCAGUUCCAUUGUACAUCUUUGCAGAUUUUGUGCUCAGGGAAGUAGCUUCAAGUCAGAAUCAUGCAGGUUCUUUAAAUUAAAAAAAAGGGGGGGGCCAGCAAAGGCUUCUAGUGAGAGGUCUGUCACUGGUUCACUGAUUCUAGGUCUGAUUGCAAUCUCCACGCCUGCCAGUCCAUCUGUCCAUUAUAGAGAGCUCCCUUCUGGUAGCACCGUGGUGCUGAACGCUCACAUCUGAGAUGUAAUGGCAAACACAGUCAGUUAGAACAAUUGGACUGUGUGCCAGACUGAUUGAAGAGCACUGCAGGAAAUCAUGGGGCUGCUUAGCAUAGACCAAGAGCACUGUUUACUUAGCAGCGCACCUAACUUGUGGAAAUGUACAGAACCCGUCGGUGAACUUUGCCUGCCCUGUGCGACGAAGGUGGGGGAAGAGGGGAAGGAGGAAGGCUGAGGGUGAAAGGGAAAGGAAAGAACCAGUGGCUGCUGGAGAAAUUUUAACCACCUGGAUAAAAUUAUCUCUCUGCUCAAAGCCGGCAGUCAUUUUGCAUAUAGGAAUGACAAGAAGGGCUUGCUGCUCAACCCCAUUACACCUCGGCUUGAGGGCUGCUUUACAUGUUACAAAAUUGACAGUACACUAAGUGUACCCGUGAAGUAUUCUGUAACACAUGAAAGGCAAAUAUACUUUUUUAAACUGAAUGUGGGAAAACAAGUAUACAUUGUGAGAAGACUGGACCAACAAAGGCUCUCCACAGCUUUAAAGGUGUAGGGAUGUGGGUGUCAGGGGGAGGGGGGUGAUGUGUUUCCUUGGGUGGAGUACAUAUGAUGCAGCAGGUAUAUUUUGUUCUGUGCAUAGCAAUAGAAAAAUUGCUAACAGGAUCUGGAAGAUCAUUCCUCUCCUCUUUACCAGGAGAUACACAAUUGCAAAUUCCAUAUUUCAUUUUCCAUAGUGACUUCUAGCACUGAAAACUAAUCCUGGGGUUAAAUGCUUCAGUCAAAUUAACCCUGCCUCCAUUCCAACUACUGACUGUUUGAGAUGCUGCUAUCUUUUUAAAACCUAGAUCAAUCGUCACAACCCCAUGAGUCUAAAAUGUUUGUCACGGUAAAUGGGCCAGUGCACAUAACAUGCCAAUUUUGUGCUUCACUUUCACUUGCAAAAUAAUUUCAAAAAAAUAAAAUUGGAAGCCUUCAAACUCCAUGCAAGGAGGCAUGGGUCUUGAGCCUUCUGUUGGUGAAAAUUCAUGCCUCUAGCAGUCAAAGUCUGGCUAGGUGAAGCAUCAGGCUUUCUGCAUGGGAACUACAUCUUCACUUUUCUAUCAGAACCAAAGCCAUGUAAAAAAACUAAUAAAUUCGCCUUCAAGGUCAUAGUGCUGGGCAGACCUCUUAUCCUCUGCCCUGUUGCUGUCGUGCAAGACAGCAAGUGAGAGAGUGCUGCUGCACACAGCUCCUACUUUUGGGCUUUCCACAGGUAUCUGGUUGGUUACUGUGAGAACAGGAUGCUGGAUGAAAUAGGCUGCUGGCCUGAUCCAGCAGCCUCUUCUUCCAUUCUUAACAAGGUGAUCUGAAGCUCUCAAGGCUACUUCCCACAUUAUAAAAUAAGCUGGCACAACCAUAUAUGUAAGGAAUUGUGAACCUAGUGCCUGCUAGAUGUUGUUGGAAUACAAACCUCAUUAUCCCCAACCAUGUUAGCUGGGGCAGAUGGUAGCUGUAGUCUGGGCAUAGGCAAACUCAGCCCUCCAGCUGUUUUGAGACUACAAUUCCCAUCAUCCCUGACCACUGGUCCUUUUAGCUAGGGAUGGUAGGAGUUGUAGUCCCGAAACAUCUGGAGGGCCAAGUUUGCCUAUGCCUGCUGUAGUCCGAUGGAUAAAAUAUUGGUUAAUCAGUUUCUCAUACUCAUAAUAAUUAGAUCUGGGCUCGUAGUCCAUCCCAGUUCUACGAUUCUAUGAUUCUGUCUAUGGCUGUUGUUCUGUGUUGCAGCUAAGUCUGCAGGGGACAAAUCCACAACCCAUUUGCGGAUCACGGAAGAGCCUGGAAUGCAGGACAGAGAAACCAUUGAGCUACGAAUGACGAUUCCCUCAAGACACUCAGAUGAGCAGUCAGCAUAAGCAGAGACCCACCAGCUUUGUGCCCCAAUGAAAGCAUGGUUCUUACAGAUGAAAGCAAGACAAUAAAGAGUGAACAAAAUAUGAAGAUCAUGCAGACAUACUGCUGCUGCAGGAACACAGCCUUCUUGCUGUGCUUUGGCUACAGCAGGUGCAGUCUCUGUGGUUCUUCCAUACAGUGAUGUUCACAAGGGAAGGGCUGGGCUGGGCUGGUAUGGGCUUGGGACCAAAUGUGUUUGGGGGGGGUAGCAACAUUUCCUUCUGUAGAAACCAGUUUUACUGGGUCAGCGGCCAUUCAUUUUAUUUGUCCAAGGAAAUUGGUUCUUCAGUACAAAUUCUUCUGUUCAAAACAGUUAAAGAGACAGCUGAUUUCAAGUCUCAACAUCUUCAACUUCCUCCUUUUCCUCUUGUUGUUUCUUAUUCCAGAGCCAGGCACACAUUGGCCACUGAAAUAAAAAAAGUUGCUGUGACAUAAAGGGCCAAUCCGGUUUGGGGUCCAGCUAAUAGCUGCCCCUGUUGACUUUAGGGAAGGUGGGUGGAAAGAUACAAGACUGCAGUGGCUGAGUGGAGCACUGCAUGUUGGGCUAUGUAUUCUUUAGUUGUGCAGUUUUAUCUUAGGAAGUUAAUACAGUUGCUUUUGGGUUCAGCACGUAUAACUCAUGACAAAAUUUAUCACUCCUACGUUCAUUAAUAAAUAUGAAAUUCAUAGCUUUCACCAGAGUCAGUAAUUCAGAUCUGUUUCCAGAGUGGAACUAUUUACUGUUCAAAAUUUAGAUGGCCAAUUUUGUUUGUUUUAAUGCAAUGCACACCAGUAAGGAUACAUGUGAGCAAAAAACUAGUUCUCACUAGAGAUUGAACAUCUCAGCAGGUUCCUGCUUAAAAUGUCUACCUCUUAAACCGACCAGGCCAUGCUAAUUGGAAUGUAUGUAGUAUGAAAAGAUGAUAUGUGUUCAGUUAUUUAGCAACCAAUGUAACAUUUAAAUGGGUUUAUGUUGUUGGCUGGCAUGCCAUGGUCAUCUUAGUCCUGUGAUAUGACUAGGCAAGUAAAAUAGAAACUUCAUACAACCCAAAAAUAGCAGAGGAACUGUGGGGAAAAACAUGUGGGUUUCACAAGGUGAACAUUUAUUUUCUUCGUCCCAAGUAUGGGUUUGAACUGAUCAGUGAGUUGAGCAAGCCGCUAACUAAAUUCCACUUCUGUGUGGCCAAAACUUUCACCCCCUUGCAAAUCUUAAAUCAUCACUUUGGAAUUCCAAAAGCUUUCCAAACCAAAUAAGCUUUGGGUGGAAAACAUAACAUUUGGUUCCCCAGUAUGGCUGCGGAUCUUUCAGUGCCUAGUUACAUCAUGCAGAAUGCAAGCAGACUGGGAAAAUAUCACAGGCUGUCUCAUAAGACAACAGAAGGG